GGUAGUUACAAUGUCUGCAGCUGUGAAUACAUUGUCUCAGGAUCCUGCACCGUCCCUUUAAGAAGGAGGAGAGGCUGCUGGCAGGGGGGAGGCUGACCCCAGGACACAUCAUUAGAGAAGAAGCAGUACCUGUGCCAGUCCAUGUGUCAGCCUCUGCCAUGGGGACCCAAUAGCUGCCCAGAGCAUGGCUGCCAAGGAGGACCUAUACAGCAAGAUAGUGCCCAGGAGGGGCAGGCAGAACCGGACAGGGACCAUCAGACAUGGAUCUUCCCUGGAGAUCCUCCUCUCCAUGGGCUUCCCUAGAGCUCGGGCGUAAGUCUCCUAUUUACUUACCUUACAGCAGGGGCUGGGGAGCUGGUACACUCCAUGUACUGUGAGAGCUGGAGAGAGGGUACACUCCAUGUACUGUGAGGGCUGGGGAGAGGGUACACUCAAUGUACUGUGAGAGCUGGGGAGAGGGUACACUCCAUGUACUGUGAGAGCUGGGGAGAGGGUACACUCCAUGUACUGUGAGGGCUGGGGAGAGGGUACACUCCAUGUACUGUGAGGGCUGGGGAGAGGGUACACUCCAUGUACUGUGAGGGCUGGGGAGAGGGUACACUCCAUGUACUGUGAGAGCUGGGGAAAGGGUACACUCCAUGUUCUGUGAGAGCUGGGAGAGGGUACACUCCAUGUACUGUGAGAGCUGGGGAGAGGGUACACUCCAUGUACUGUGAGGGCUGGGGAGAGGGUACACUCCAUGUACUGUGAGGGCUGGGGAGAGGGUACACUCCAUGUACUGUGAGAGCUGGGGAGAGGGUACACUCCAUGUACUGUGAGAGCUGGGGAGAGGGUACACUCCAUGUACUGUGAGAGCUGGGGAGAGGGUACACUCCAUGUACUGUGAGGGCUGGGGAGAGGGUACACUCCAUGUACUGUGAGGGCUGGGGAGAGGGUACACUCCAUGUACUGUGAGGGCUGGGGAGAGGGUACACUCCAUGUACUGUGAGAGCUGGGGAGAGGGUACACUCCAUGUACUGUGAGAGCUGGGGAGAGGGUACACUCCAUGUACUGUGAGGGCUGGGGAGAGGGUACACUCCAUGUACUGUGAGGCUGGGGAGAGGGUACACUCCAUGUACUGUGAGGCUGGGGAGAGGGUACACUCCCAUGUACUGUGAGGGCUGGGGAGAGGGUACACUCCAUGUACUGUGAGGGCUGGGGAGAGGGUACACUCCAUGUACUGUGAGGGCUGGGGAGAGGGUGCACUCCAUGUACUGUGAGAGCUAGGAGAGGGUACACUACAUGUACUGUGAGAGCUGGGGAGAGGGUACACUCCAUGUACUGUGAGAGCUGGGGAGAGGGUACACUCCAUGUACUGUGAGGGCUGGGGAGAGGGUACACUCCAUGUACUGUGAGAGCUAGGAGAGGGUACACUCCAUGUACUGUGAGAGCUGGGGAGAGGGUACACUCCAUGUACAGUGAGGGCUACAGAGAGGGUACACUCCAUGUACUGUGAGGGCUGGGGAGAGGGUGCACUCCAUGUACAGUGAGGGCUGGGGAGAGGGUACACUCCAUGUACUGUGAGGGCUGGGGAGAGGGUGCACUCCACAUGUACUGAGGGCUGGGAGAGGUACACUCCAUGUACUGUGAGGGCUGGGGUACACACUCCAUGUACUGUGAGGGCACAGGAGGGGUACACUCCAUGUACUGUGAGGGCUGGGGGAGGGUACACUCCAUGUACUGUGAGGGCUGGGGAGAGGGUACACUCAAUGUACUGUGAGGGCUGGGGGAGCUGGUACACUCCAUGUACUGUGAGAGCUGGGGAGAGGGGUGCACUCCAUGUACUGUGAGAGCUGGGAGAGGGUACACACUCCAUGCUUAUUGUGAGGGAGCUGGGGAGGGGUACACUCAAUGUACUGUGAGGGGGCUGGGGAGCUGGUACACUCCAUGUACUGUGAGCUGGGGAGAGGGUGCACUCCAUGUACUGUGAGAGCUGGGGAGAGGGUACACUCCAUGUACUGUGAGGGCUGGGGAGAGGGUACACUCCAUGUACUGUGAGGGCUGGGGAGAGGGUACACUCCAUGUACUGUGAGGGCUGGGGAGAGGGUACACUCCAUGUACUGUGAGAGCUGGGGAAAGGGUACACUCCAUGUUCUGUGAGAGCUGGAGAGAGGGUACACUCCAUGUACUGUGAGAGCUGGGGAGAGGGUACACUCCAUGUACUGUGAGGGCUGGGGAGAGGGUACACUCCAUGUACUGUGAGGGCUGGGGAGAGGGUACACUCCAUGUACUGUGAGAGCUAGGGAGAGGGUACACUCCAUGUACUGUGAGGGCUGGGGAGAGGGUACACUCCAUGUACUGUGAGGGCUGGGGAGAGGGUGCACUCCAUGUACUGUGAGAGCUAGGAGAGGGUACACUACAUGUACUGUGAGAGCUGGGGAGAGGGUACACUCCAUGUACUGUGAGAGCUGGGGAGAGGGUACACUCCAUGUACUGUGAGGGCUGGGGAGAGGGUACACUCCAUGUACUGUGAGAGCUAGGAGAGGGUACACUCCAUGUACUGUGAGAGCUGGGGAGAGGGUACACUCCAUGUACUGUGAGAGCUGGGGAGAGGGUACACUCCAUGAACUGUGAGGGCUGGGGAGAGGGUACACUCCAUGUACUGUGAGAGCUGGGGAGAGGGUACACUCCAUGUACUGUGAGAGCUGGGGAGAGGGUACACUCCAUGUACAGUGAGGGCUAGGGAGAGGGUACACUCCAUGUACUGUGAGGGCUGGGUAGAGGGUGCACUCCAUGUACAGUGAGGGCUGGGGAGAGGGUACACUCCAUGUACUGUGAGGGCUGGGGAGAGGGUGCACUCCAUGUACAGUGAGGGCUACAGAGAGGGUACACUCCAUGUACUGUGAGGGCUGGGUAGAGGGUGCACUCCAUGUACAGUGAGGGCUGGCGAGAGGGUACACUCCAUGUACUGUGAGAGCUGUGGUGAGGGUACACUCCAUGUACUGUGAGAGCUGUGGAGAGGGUACACUCCAUGUACUGUGAGGGCUGGGGAGAGGGUGCACUCCAUGUACGGUGAGGGCUGGGGAGAGGGAGCACUCCAUGUACAGUGAGGGCUGCGGAGAGGGUACACUCUAUGUACUGUGAGAGCUGGGGAGAGGGUACACUCCAUGUAUAGUGAGUGUGAGUUCGGGUAUUUGGAGGCUGGAGCCAACCCUGUAAUGUGAGUGUAAGUUGGGGUAUUUGGAGGCUGGGGCCCUGGCUGUAUUCUGGGUGUAAGUUGGGGUAUUUGGAGGCUGGGGCCCUGGCUGUAUUCUGGGUGUAAGUUGGGGUAUUUGGAGGCUGGGGCCCUGGCUGUAUUCUGGGUGUAAGUUGGGGUAUUUGGAGGCUGGGGCCCUGGCUGUAUUCUGGGUGUAAAUUGGGAUAUUUGGAGGCUGGGGCCCUGGCUGUAUUCUGGGUGUAAGUUGGGGUAUUUGGAGGCUGGGGCCCUGGCUGUAUUCUGGGUGUAAAUUGGGAUAUUUGGAGGCUGGGGCCCUGGCUGUAUUCUGGGUGUAAGUUGGGGUAUUUGGAGGCUGGGGCCCUGGCUGUAUUCUGGGUGUAAAUUGGGAUAUUUGGAGGCUGGGGCCCUGGCUGUAUUCUGGGUGUAAGUUGGGGUAUUUGGAGGCUGGGGCCCUGGCUGUAUUCUGGGUGUAAAUUGGGAUAUUUGGAGGCUGGGGCCCUGGCUGUAUUCUGGGUGUAAGUUGGGAUAUUUGGAGGCUGGGGCCUCUGCCAGGGCGCAUACUAAUCUGGUUUGUCGCAUGGCUGUGUCUACAGGUAGAGCACAUGAUCAGAUAUUGGGGCACAUUAAAAGUCUGCGGCCAGUGGCUCUUACGGGUUUAUAUCGUACCCACAUUGGGGCCAUACAGCGUAUGAAUGGGCCCUUAAUGCAGCCUUCUGUAGUGAUACAGAAUAUCAGCCAUUAGGCAUGGUGGGAGUGAAACAUAUAGGAAUUAACUGAUGCAGAAGCUCUUUCCCGUCUCAGUAAAGUGUUACUGGGCAUGUAGUCGGCGUCGUGCUGUGUCAGAGGAGAGGACUGGAUGGCUUUAUCCUCUGUAAUAUUGUAUUAACACUGGAUUUUGUAGAGUGCUCGGCCUACUGGGCCAUAUCGGAUGUUAAUGCACGCCUUACGUUCUAUGGUAGUCUAUUUUUAUUAGUGGGAGUUUCGAUUAUCCUUCGGCAUGUCGAGCAGGAGACUGAAAACAAAAAUACAUGUAAUUAGUUAUUAACAUGAUUGUUCUUUUAGAUCUGUAGACGGUAAUUAUUUUCGGUUGUCUGGUUAAUUUCCACGUUUCCUGUAAAUUUGGUGAAAGAUUUUUCUACAGUGUGUUUUCUAACAGAAAUGGAUUUAUUACUUGUAAUUUACAGAUAAUCUCUUUAUCUGUCUUUUCGUGACCACAAGGACAAACACAAUUUAAAGAUUUGUGCUGACUUGAGUUGUGUUGGUAUAUUUAGGCAAAAGUAGCAUAAUUUUGGCCAAAAUGUAUACAAAUUGUUUUUCAGCUCUUCGCAAUGUACAGUUUAGUUAUUAAAUAGAUUGAAUAAUAUAAUUCAUUAAACAUUAUGGAUUGAUCAGUUGAGGAGAUCUUAGUACACAUAAUAUUUUAACCCCUUUUUGUGUCUGUUUUUUGACAGUUUUUUUUCUCCUGAAUCCAUCAAUCAAUUAGAAAGUGCCAUAACUUGUCAUGUCAGGAACAAAAUAACUUGAAUUAGAACGUUUUCCGCAUUCUGAAAUAGCUUACUGCUUCGAGUAUGUGUUCAAAGAUAUAAACCACACUCAGAUCUAUAAAUGCGUUAACAAAAUGUGUGAGAAAUAUGGCAAAAACAAGCAAAUUCUCGUUAAAUUCCUCCUAUCGUGACCACCAUAAUCCAAUGUCUCUUUAAAAAGCCCAAAACCACCACGUAAGCAAUACAUUGUACCAGCCAAAUCAAAUGUGUAGGUAAAAAGAACUCCAGUACAUUAUCCGGAAUUUUACUCGAUUUACUGCUGUGCUAGAUUGUUAGCUCAUAUGAUCAGUAGCCUCUUAUUGUGGUGGUUUGUUUCUUUGUAUGUUUUCUGUUAUAUCCCCACAUUAACCCCGUAAGGACACAUGACAUGUCAGACAUGUCAUGAUUCCCUUUUAUUCCAGAAGUUUGGUCCUUAAGGGGUUAAACCAACUGUGCUAUACUUCUAAAACAGGCGCUAUACUCCUAGCUAUUCUCAAUAAGAAGCAAAUACCAUGAAAACCGACAGAAUGUGUCUCAAUAAUUCGCACGCCUGUAACAGCAUUUGUUUUACCUUGAACCACACGUGCUGUGAACUUAGCGCAGUGUAUGGAGUGAAUCUUCACUUUAAAAUUGACAGAUUUACACGAUUUGCAAUGAAACACAUCGGGGAUUAUUUAUAAACGGUGACGUGCUCACUUUUAGGCUGUUUUGUUCCCCCUUUUGCACCAAAGUUACUACGCCUUUUUUUUGUUGUUGUGUUUUUUUUGUUUUUUUUUCGGACACAGCUUUCCGCUACCAUCAGUUAAACAGUAUAAGUAGCUUUAACUUCCUUCAAAGAAUAAAAAAAAAAGAAUGCAACUUUUUCCCCAGUUAUAUUACUAGGUUUUCUUAUUUAAUAAAUGUAAUCAGGGGUGCAAAAAAAAAGGAUGAAAAAACCUGUAGCUUGAAGGGUGCAAUGAAAUUCGCCCCACUGCAAUCACAAGCACGUCUUUAAAUGACGUCUAUAGAUAAUGUAUUUAUGUAUUGAUUAUAUAAAUUGAAACCAAUAAAAAAAUAACUGAUACUGUGAGAUUCCUGUGUUUGCUGCACAUCUCAAAGAUUUGCAGCUUCUGCAGUGAGCUCCCUGCAGGCAUGUACAUAUCCCAUAAACCCUUGCUCAGCCGUAGUUUACUUGUCAACCUGCAUUUGAAAAUUGUACCUGGCCACAGGUAACUUCUUUUCUAAAAAUGGAAUUGGAUGCCGAUUUUUUUUUUUUUUUUAUGGUUUUUAUUUUUUAAAUGAAUUCAGUCUCUCUACACACUAGUACGCCACACUGUAGGCAACAAAAGCGUCUAUACACCCUAUCGGCAUUGCGUAGCUGUUGUCGAUGACCUCACAUUUUACUGUACUAUUGACGCAGAGAAGAAAAAAUGGCAGAUCUGAAUUUACAAUAUUCUGAAAAAAAUGACAUUUACUUCUAAACUGCCCUGAUCUUGUAUUGGACCCAGAGUGCAAUUUUAGGCUUUUACUGCCCUUAUGAAUUGAUGUAAAUCAUUAUAAAAUAUCAUAUAAAAGAAUCACUUUUAUUAGAAUUGCGUCUAGCUGACCUCACCAUAGAAACGACUCACUUCUCAGGGUUAUCAUAAAAUUGUGGAUUAUCAGGCAUUCAAAGCCUUCUCUCUCUCUUUUUUUUUUUUUUACAUUCUUUAUCUUAAAUUGCUGUCUAAAUACACAAGGUACAUAUAUCAUAUCAUACAAGGCCAUAACAUCCGACUUUCCAACACCGUGUAACGUAUGGUAGCCCAUGUGUAACCGCGAUAUCACAUCAUAGUCUCUGACUGGCGUUAGUAACACUGGUAUAUCUGAUGACAAGGUUUUUAUAAAUAUAUACGUAAAUAAUGUAGCAUUGGUCAUAACCAUAUAACCAGCCCUGCCCUACCCACUUGCUGAUAACAAGUAUGCACGUAUAAUAAGAGACUUGCUCGUAGGUAUUUAUGGGACCGAUGGAACUAAAGGUACUGGCCCAACCAAUGAGCAAGAAUAAGUAAACGUGUAGAUAUAAUAAGAAGGGGAGGAGGGGGGAUAGGGUAGGGAGGGAGUGGGAAGUCGAGGGAUACUAGUGAUGUAUUCUUUGUGAAAGUUAUCCGCCAAAGUUAGGGUCUCCGUCCUGGGUGUCUGGGAGUAAAUAUCACUUCAAGAGUGCUUUCCUUCCCAUCAUUUACGGCUCGCCGGGGGUGGGGUUCGGGAUUCUGUUUACUGGGUUAGGGGGCAAAAUUUCUCCCCCCUCCCAGCUCCCACCUCCCCAAUCCCCUGUCUCUACAUCUCCCAGAACCGAGGAUGUCUCCCGUGUGUAAGUCCCUAAGUAUAUUGGUUCUCAGUGGGUCGUAAGCCCCCCCCCCAGGAAUCAAAGCCUUCUUUAAAGUGAAAUAUUAGCAGGAUGAUCCGAGAUGUAAAUUUGAUGCGUGAAGUCACAUGACACAAAAAACAUUGUUUAGUGACAAUUCUAUCUAAACCAUUUAAAAAUUCCCUUUUUUUUUACACUUCAUAGCUUCAGUGUUGCUGUCCCAAUAUCUGUCUGUUGAAAGCUCUGUGCAAUGUGUUGUAACAACUAAUUAUUAAUAUAAAAUAACGCAGGAUACCAGGAAUAAAGAGAAAUUAUCAGCAAGAUAAUAGAUUUUAUAAUUCUGACCGCAAUAAAACUGAGGGGCCCAGCUUCUGUUUUGAAAAAAAAAUAUUUUAACAAUGUUUUAAAAGUGUGGUUUAAAAAAAGUUUAUUAUAAAUAAAUGUUGAAAUAUUCCCUAUAUGUAAUAUAUAUUUAACUAUAAAUAGCUGUUUUUACUUUUUGUAAAAGUUGUUUGGAGUAAGAUUUCUUGGCGCUAUAUGUUAGCAAGCCAGGAUAAUUUAUAUCCUUUCCAUGUGCCUGAUCGUCUCGUCGAGCCUUAUUUUUGCCCGAGGUUAAAACCCCAGAUGAGUUUUUCAGUCUCACAGCUUUUUAAUAGGCCUGCCAUUGUCUUUCUCUUAGCUAUGGAUUUACCAAACUGUUUUAAAACUUUACAGACACUAACAGGGCAAUUAACUAAAGCGAGAAUUAAGAGUUAAUUCAAUUGAAAGACCAAAAUAGUUGAACUGGAAACAUUCUCCAAGUCAGCUCUGUGAUUAUUUGGGCUACUCUGGCCUUAAAUUUGAAAUAUCCUUUGAAUUCUGACUUCAGAAAAUAAGCCGAUAGCUGCCAUGCUGUGAAAAAGGGAUGUUUACAGAGCACCAACACAUUGUGUCGCGGUGUACAAUAGCAUCAUGACAUUUAGUUUAAACACAUGUAAAGGAUUAAACUGCGAUGCCAUUGUAAUUAUAGCUUUAUGUAGAUCAGUGGUGUAACGUAACAGAGGGUUAACCCAUUGACCACUCACUGACGGUUAAUAUAGUGGUGUUUAAAGAAUUAACUCAAUUAAAUUCCACCAUUAUCAGUUGUAUAAACACACAUGUAUACACGCACUCACCUUAUACAUACAUACGCACAUACACACACACAUACACACACACGUUAACCUACCCGUUUAAAUACAUACAUACACACACACGUUAACCUACCCAUUUACAUACAUACACACACACACGUUAACCUACCCAUUUACAUACAUACACACACACGUUAACCUACCCAUUUACACACAUUCAUACACACAUGUUAACCUACCCAUUUAUAUACAUACAUACACACACACGUUAACCUACCCAUUUAAAUACAUAUACACACACGUUAACCUACCCAUUUACAUACAUACAUACACACACACGUUAACCUACCCAUUUAUAUACAUACAUACACACGUUAACCUACCCAUUUACACACAUUCAUACACACACGUUAACCUACAGAUUUACAUACAUACAUACACACACACGUUAACCUACCCAUUUACACACAUUCAUACACACACGUUAACCUACCCAUUUACAUACAUACACACACACGUUAACCUACCCAUUUACAUACAUACACACACAUGUUAACCUACCCAUUUACACACAUUCAUACACACACACGUUAACCUACCCAUUUACACACAUUCAUACACACACGUUAACCUACCCAUUUACACACAUUCAUACACACACGUUAACCUAAACAUUUACAUACAUACAUACACACACACACACGUUAACCUACCCAUUUACAUACAUACAUACACACACACACAUUAACCUACCCAUUUACACACAUUCAUACACACACGUUAACCUACCCAUUUGCACACAUUCAUACACACAUGUUAACCUACCCAUUUACAUACAUACAUACACACACACACGUUAACCUACCCAUUUACAUACAUACACACACACACACACGUUAACCUACCCAUUUACACACAUUCAUACACACACGUUAACCUACCCAUUUACAUACAUACACACACACACACAUUAACCUACCCAUUUACAUACAUACAUACACACACACACACACACGUUAACCUACCCAUUUACAUACAUACAUACACACACACACACGUUAACAUUCAUUGAAUAAUGAAUUCAAUUCAAAAUUGUAAAAUCAGCUGUGACUAGAGCGGAGUUGGAUAAUUUCUCCAAAUCAACUAUUUUAGUUUAAAAUGUGCCAGUCAGAUUUACAUUUUCUUCAAUUUGGGAGUUUAUGGAGUAACCUGAUGUGCAUUACAUGUGUGACGUUGUUAUCUCUCAUUUAUCUUCUCAGGUUUAAACAGAAAUAUUCUGCUGUUAGAAUCCUGUCCAUUUCAAGAUUAAAAAAAUAUAUAGUUUUGUUGCUGCUGCCUGACAAACUGUGUGUGUGUGUGUGUGUGUAUAUGUGUGUGUAUAUAUAUAUAUUGCUGUUAGUAUAUAACUCUGAGAAUAUCUAGAUAUAGUUCACGUACACAAAUCUGUUACUACCUGCUUCUUCUCGGUUAGCUCUAUAUAAAACUCUCUGCUACACCCCCCACACACCCAAUUUCUCCUCUAAAACUUUGAUUACUGGUUUAUUUUAUUUAAAGAACUAACCCAUAAAUGGGUGCAUGUUAGCUUUUACUUUCUGCUUUAAUUUAAUCUCGUACCUGAUAUGAGGUAUUAAUUGAUGACCCCACUAAAUAUUGGGCAACUUUCUUAAGACAAUCAAUAUUUCGCUACUGUACUCAGUAUCAAGAUUUAGAGAUUGGCUGCCGGAAACCUGCUGAUCUUUAUUUAUUAAACAAUUAUUUUCUUGUGAUCAGAAAUUGAUUUGCGACAUUUGACAGUUUUUUUUUUUUUAGAAUUUUUCUAUAAUAAAUGUGACCCUCAAAGUCUGGCUGAAGUAUUUUGGGAUGAGGCAGUUGGACAUUAUUAUUAUUCUUUAAUUUAAAGGGCGGUUUGCGUUGUGAUUCCUGUGUCUUUAAUAAAACACAAUAUAUUGGUCCCUGUUUACAUAAGCACUAUAUAAUGGGUUAAAUUACACAGAAAUUGACAAUUCUAGAUAAAAUGUUCUAACGGUGAUAAUAUUGAAAUCCGUAGCCGUGGUUUAAUUGUGAGAGUGAUCUCGUCAUUCACCGAUAUUGAAAGGGAUGUUUCUACGGUAAGAAUCGGUUACUGGAAAUUAAUAUUAUGAUGCAGUUUAUACGGCUGCGUGACGUUUUAUUUAAUAAACUAGUGUUACAGCGUGGCGAUAUGACAAUGUCUGAAACCUUUCAGUAGACAGCACGGUGGCGUUUUUUUGUAUAAAUUAUUUACCAUGAGAGGAGUGUGUGUGACACAUACGUGUAAUGUAUUUAGUCUUCACGUUUUUUCGGGUAACCCUGUAUUCUAGUGAUACACACAUUAUAUUCAGGUUCUGAAAUGAUUCACUGACAUUUGGAAACAUUGAGAGUUGAUACAUGUGCGGUUGUUUGGAGACAUACUGCGCCUGGUCGGGGAAGGUGUUUAGUAAAUGAUUCAUGGUGAUAAAAGCGGUCAUGGUUUGAGAACUGCUAUAUGUGUAGAGACAGUCUAAUAUAUGGACUUUAGGCACUUUUUCAGAGUAUUUGGUAAUGAUUUAAGAUACGCAGGGUUGUUACAUUUAGCUGAUGUUGGCAUAUAGCAAGAGCAAAGCUGGCACGUUCACCACGCAUGGUAAUAUGGGCAAGCAUGGAGUAGAAGACACUUGGUCAUAGGUUGAGAUAGGUAGAGGUCUGUCUAUAUUGGGAGUCUGAAAUCCUAGUUAAACAUAGCAAUGGAACGUUUCAUCCUUUAAAGGUACUCUGUCAUAGGCUGACGAAGUAUUCUUAUACAGAGUAAGUUCUUGUUCAGUGGGAUACAAGUCCUAUGUUGUGAGGAUCUAGACCACAGGUUGCACAUUUCAUAAUUUGUAACUGGCCACCGUUUGUGCAUCCUGUUUUUGUGUUCCUUUCUGUUUGCGUCCAUUCAACUAGCAGCGAUCAAAGAAUGAAUCCAUCAACGUAAGGAAUAUAUAGCAGUAUUAGCUGGAUACCACGGACGGGUAUUCCCACAUUAGAAGGAAUAUAUAGCAGUAUUAGCCGGGUACCACGGACGGGUAUUCCCACAUUAGAAGGAAUAUAUAGCAGUAUUAGCUGGGUACCACGGACGGGUAUUCCCACAUUAGAAGGAAUAUAUAGCAGUAUUAGCUGGGUACCACGGACGGGUAUUCCCACAUUAGAAGGAAUAUAUAGCAGUAUUAGCCGGAUACCACGGACUGGUAUUCCCACAUUAGAAGGAAUAUAUAGCAGUAUUAGCUGGGUACCACGGACGGGUAUUCCCACAUUAGAAGGAAUAUAUAGCAGUAUUAGCUGGAUACCACGGACGGGUAUUCCCACAUUAGAAGGAAUAUAUAGCAGUAUUAGCUGGGUACCACGGACGGGUAUUCCCACAUUAGAAGGAAUAUAUAGCAGUAUUAGCUGGGUACCACGGACGGGUAUUCCCACAUUAGAAGGAAUAUAUAGCAGUAUUAGCUGGGUACCACGGACGGGUAUUCCCACAUUAGAAGGAAUAUAUAGCAGUAUUAGCUGGGUACCACGGACGGGUAUUCCCACAUUAGAAGGAAUAUAUAGCAGUAUUAACUGGGUACCACGGACGGGUAUUCCCCCGCAUUAGAAGGAAUAUAUAGCAGUAUUAGCUGGGUACCACGGACGGGUAUUCCCGCAUUAGAAGGAAUAUAUAGCAGUAUUAGCUGGAUACCACGGACGGGUAUUCCCACAUUAGAAGGAAUAUAUAACAGUAUUAGCUGGAUACCACGGAUGGGUAUUCCCACAUUAGAAGGAAUAUAUAGCAGUAUUAGCUGGGUACCACGGACGGGUAUUUCCACAUUAGAAGGAAUAUAUAACAGUAUUAGCUGGAUACCACGGACGGGUAUUUCCACAUUAGAAGGAAUAUAUAACAGUAUUAGCUGGAUACCACGGACGGGUAUUUCCACAUUAGAAGGAAUAUAUAACAGUAUUAGCUGGUACCACGGACGGGUAUUCCCACAUUAGAAGGAAUAUAUAGCGGUAUUAUUAGCUGGGUACCACGGACGGGUAUUCCCGCAUUAGAAGGAAUAUAUAGCAGUAUUAGCUGGGUACCACGGACGGGUAUUCCCGCAUUAGAAGGAAUAUAUAGCAGUAUUAGCUGGGUACCACGGACGGGUAUUCCCACAUUAGAAGGAAUAUAUAGCGGUAUUAGCUGGGUACCACGGACGGGUAUUCCCACAUUAGAAGGAAUAUAUAGCGGUAUUAUUAGCUGGGUACCACGGACGGGUAUUCCCGCAUUAGAAGGAAUAUAUAGCAGUAUUAGCUGGGUACCACGGACGGGUAUUCCCGCAUUAGAAGGAAUAUAUAGCAGUAUUAGCUGGAUACCACGGACGGGUAUUCCCACAUUAGAAGGAAUAUAUAACAGUAUUAGCUGGAUACCACGGAUGGGUAUUCCCACAUUAGAAGGAAUAUAUAGCAGUAUUAGCUGGGUACCACGGACGGGUAUUUCCACAUUAGAAGGAAUAUAUAACAGUAUUAGCUGGAUACCACGGACGGGUAUUUCCACAUUAGAAGGAAUAUAUAACAGUAUUAGCUGGAUACCACGCACGGGUAUUUCCACAUUAGAAGGAAUAUAUAACAGUAUUAGCUGGAUACCACGGACGGGUAUUCCCACAUUAGAAGGAAUAUAUAGCAGUAUUAGCUGGGUACCACGGACGGGUAUUCCCACAUUAGAAGGAAUAUAUAGCGGUAUUAGCUGGAUACCACGGACGGGUAUUCCCACAUUAGAAGGAAUAUAUAGCGGUAUUAGCUGGGUAUCACGGACGGGUAUUCCCGCAUUAGAAGGAAUAUAUAGCGGUAUUAGCUGGGUACCACGGACGGGUAUUCCCACAUUAGAAGGAAUAUAUAGCGGUAUUAGCCGGAUACCACGGACGGGUAUUCCCACAUUAGAAGGAAUAUAUAGCAGUAUUAGUUACCACGGACGGGUAUUCCCACAUUAGAAGGAAUAUAUAGCAGUAUUAGCUGGAUACCACGGACGGGUAUUCCCACAUUAGAAGGAAUAUAUAGCAGUAUUAGCUGGGUACCACGGACGGGUAUUCCCACAUUAGAAGGAAUAUAUAGCAGUAUUAGCUGGGUACCACGGACGGGUAUUCCCACAUUAGAAGGAAUAUAUAGCAGUAUUAGCCGGAUACCACGGACUGGUAUUCCCACAUUAGAAGGAAUAUAUAGCAGUAUUAGCUGGGUACCACGGACGGGUAUUCCCACAUUAGAAGGAAUAUAUAGCAGUAUUAGCUGGGUACCACGGACGGGUAUUCCCACAUUAGAAGGAAUAUAUAGCAGUAUUAGCUGGGUACCACGGACGGGUAUUCCCACAUUAGAAGGAAUAUAUAGCAGUAUUAGUUACCACGGACGGGUAUUCCCACAUUAGAAGGAAUAUAUAGCAGUAUUAGCUGGAUACCACGGACGGGUAUUCCCACAUUAGAAGGAAUAUAUAGCAGUAUUAGCUGGGUACCACGGACGGGUAUUCCCACAUUAGAAGGAAUAUAUAGCAGUAUUAGCUGGAUACCACGGACGGUAUUCCCACAUUAGAAGGAAUAUAUAGCAGUAUUAGCUUACCACGGACGGGUAUUCCCACAUUAGAAGGAAUAUAUAGCAGUAUUAGCUGGGUACCACGGUUGGGUAUUCCCAUUAGAAGGAAUAUAUAGCAGUAGCUGGAUACCGCGGUGGGUAUUCCAGAAGGAAUAUAUAGCAGUAUUAACUGGGUACCACAUUCCCUUAGAAGGAAUAUAUAGCAGUAUUAGCUGGGUACCACACGGGUAUUCCCACAUUAGAAGAAGGGCGGUAUUAGCGGGUACCGCGGACGGGUAUUCCACAUUAGAAGGAAUAUAUAGCAGUAUUAGUUACCACGGACGGGUAUUCCCACAUUAGAAGGAAUAUAUAGCAGUAUUAGCUGGAUACCACGGACGGGUAUUCCCACAUUAGAAGGAAUAUAUAGCAGUAUUAGCUGGGUACCACGGACGGGUAUUCCCACAUUAGAAGGAAUAUAUAGCAGUAUUAGCUGGGUACCACGGACGGGUAUUCCCACAUUAGAAGGAAUAUAUAGCAGUAUUAGCUGGAUACCACGGAUGGGUAUUCCCACAUUAGAAGGAAUAUAUAGCAGUAUUAGCCGGAUACCACGGACUGGUAUUCCCACAUUAGAAGGAAUAUAUAGCAGUAUGUAUCAGGUCUGAUUUCUCCCAGUACUAGUCGGGUGUGAGAGCUGAUUACUCCCGCCAUGGAAUUACUCCCCAGUACUAGUCGGGUGUGAGAGCUGAGUACUCCUGUCAUGGAAUAAUACCCCGGAGUAUUAACCCUGUUCUGAUGUGAUGACGUGGCCCGGUUGUAAUAGAGUUUAUAGGAAAAGCCUCUGUGGUUCAGAUGUUGCUCUUUAUCUUAUCGAGAUGCAGUUUAGUUCCUCAUUAUUUACAUUCUCAAAGUGUCAGGAGUGUGGCCUUUAAAUCUGAUAAAAAAAGAACAGGGUUUGUUAAACACUUCCCUUUUUACAUGAAAAUAGCACAGAGUGGCUAAUAUUUACACACAGAACCAAUGGCCACUGGAGGGAAUGCCCACUUGCCAACGUCAAGGCAGACCCCCCUAGACAGGUCCUACUCUGACCCUUCAACUUGCUUCCAUGAGCUUCUGGCAAAGAUCUCUAAUGAGACAGAGAGGAGUAUUUUUUAUAUACACCCCUAUAUACUUAUUAACCCUUAAUAGGGGACACAUGGGAUGGGAGGCUGCAUUGCAACAUAGCUGUGUGAUACAAAUAAAAAAUAAAAGUCCUGCACUCACUCCCUUCACUCCUGGGCGGCAGCAAUGACCACAGUACACAUCAGGAGUGAUGGGAGUGAGCGCAGGACUUUUCUUUUGUAUUCACUUUUUGUAUCACACAGCUAUGUUGCAAUGCAGCCGCCCAUCCCAUGUGUUCCCUAUUAAGGGUUAAUAAGUAUAUAGGGGUGUAUAUAAAAAAUACUCCUCUCUGUCUCAUUAGAGAUCUUUGCCAGAAGCUCAUGGAAGCAAGUUGAAGGGUCAGAGUAGGACCCGUCUAGGGGGGUCUGCCUUGACGUUGGCAGGCGGGCAUUCCCUUCAGUGGCCAUUGGAGUAACUAAAUAACCUCCAUUUGUUUAAAUAAACAUAAGGAUUAAGGAGAGAGCGCAGGUAACUUUUUUUUCCUUUGGUUUUUACUAUAUGUAUUAGAGCUGAUGUUUACUGUGGUCAUUGCUGCCGCCCAAUGAGCGCAUGACUUUUCUCUUUGUAUUAGUGUUUCUAUAUGUUUCUGACUGUCUGUUAGCAUUGGUUUGUGUGUGGUUUUGUACAAAUGUCAAAAUAUGGCUGUGAGUGUAUCUGACUGUGUCUGUAAGUGUUCCUAUGUUUCUCUGUCUUUUACCACUGACACUGUGUGUGUGUGUGUGUGUUUGUACAAAUGUCUAAAUAUGUCUGUUAUUAUUUGUACUAGUGCUUAUAAUGUUUUUGUGUCAAUAUUAUCUUUUUAUAACAAAACGGAAUUUUACAAAUAUUAGAGCCAGAUGUCAGUUUAGGAAUAAUAUUCAUAUUAACUUCCAUUAAACAAUAAUCAGUCAUGGUGAUCAGCUGGGCACAGGGCGGGCACACUUUACUACCUAAUGCAGACCCUACAGCCACUUACCUUCUGACCUGGAAAUGUAUCUUCAUUAACGUUGUGUCCUGCAUGAUGACACGAUAUAAUCAAUACAUUGAUACAUUGUUCCGGCCAAAUGCAAAUCACAGGACUUGAGCCUUGAAUGACAGGACAAAUACGUUAAAGUCUGAGCACAGGACGAUUUUUAAAUUAAUAAUUGCAGGACCUCUUCUAUUUUCAUGUAAGCAGUUUAGCAAAACCAAACUAAUCUAAGCAAAACUAUUUACUGUCUAAAUAAAAUAUAAUGGAUGAUGUCUAAUAGACUGUCUGUUUUUCUGCUGAGCGUAGGGCGUGUAUAAAAUAUUACAUUUUUAUAUAGUGCUUUUCAAUCCACUUACAAGUCAUCCUUGGGGACAUAGAGAUCUCUAAACGGAAUGUUGACAAUGUAGGUCAUGCUAAUUGCUGAUUAUUUUGGGAAUCUGAGGUUUAGAUCUGAUUUAACCCAUAGAGCAUUGUUACUGUAAUUUGGGGCUGAUCCAGGUGUCUGCCUGACACAGCAAGGCAUUAAAUGGGCCAGGUCUGUCGGUUUAUAAAAUGGAUUUUGUUUCCUUAACAAUUAAGUUGAUUCAAGUAUGUCUCAUCUGGCACAGAAAGUGGUGCAGUCGGCGAUGGAAAUCACAAUCGGCGAUUGAAUGUUUGUGGCGAUUGCUCAGUUGUUUUCUAACGUGUGCAUAAAAUACGAACAUACUCACCCUGUCCCGAUCAUUUGCCUUCCAACAUUAAGAAAUCUGCAUUUUAUGACUUGAAACAUGAUCUGUCCCUUUAAAUAAUGAUUUAAUAAAGCGUAGACGCUGCUAUAGAUAGAGUGGAGUUAAUGGAAAGGAAGUUAAAUUAUUAAUGGCUAUAAUGCAGAGCGCAAUGGAGGUUUUAACGUCCCAUUUUAACCUGUUCAGUGUACCCUACAUCCACUCUCUGGUACUUGGUUAACCGCACAAUAUUUUCCUGAGUCUUCGGACAGACUCCACAUCUCGUACUCUGUACAUUAACUGUAUUGCAAUUCAAAUUCAGACGAAAGAAACACAAACACGUUGAGAUAUUGGAAAAUUAACAGAUCUCGUCAGUCCUGACGUGCGUCAUUUCUAAUCCCAACAUUAUUUUACAAAAUAUCUCCUCAAAUAGAGAGUUAAACUAGGGAUAGCGUGGGGCAGAGUUUGGCAAAUAAUCGUGGAAAUGGGACCAGAUUUGGACAGUGCCAAUUUAGAUAUAUUUACCUAUUCUGCAAUGAACUCCGAUAGACUGUAAGCUCGUUUGAGCAGGGCCCUCUUCAACCAAUGGUUCCUGUAAGUUUUCUUGUAAUUGUCCUAUUUAUAGUUAAAUCCCCCCUCUCAUAAUAUUGUAAAGCGCUACGGAAUCUGUUGGCGCUAUAUAUAUGGCGAUGAUGAUGAUGAUAAUAAUAAUAACUCUCCUGGCUCCUUAAAUCCACAAUGGAAGAGGAUUCCAGCACAGGCAGAUUAACAAAAAUAGAAAUUGGGCUUAUACUGAUCAUCCAACUACCUGCGCCACAACCACGCCAUUAAAGUCAGUCUGUAUUUUAAAAGAAGAUUUAUUUUAAAAAAAAAUUUAUUUCUCUACUGCACCCCCUAAAAGGCCCCUUCUAGAUAAGGGGCUGCAUAUUUAUUGUUAUUCCAUUAUUAUUAAUAUAUGUUCUAUAGCACUCUCUAUGGGGUGGUGCAGCAUGAUGGGAUUCUGACAUAAGCAGUGGAGGUGUACAAGAAAUACAAACUGAUUUGUUUGCUAAACCAGGAAAUACGACAACUGAAAAGAUAAUUAAUUACACAUUUUGGCCCAAAACAGCAAUCUUAGAACAUUCUCUCCAUUUUAUGUUUUAGUGAAUAAACCAGGAAGUGAUUUUAAGGAACUAUUCGUGAUCUAGACUGACAGUAUUACUGUACAUAAUUGGCAGCAAGUUGGAUCUUAUUUCCUCUGAGCAAUUUCUGUUUAGGAGAAUAUUUGUAUGAAAUAUCUGAAAUAAACAAAAAAAGUCAAUUUGUGACAUAUUUUUAAGAUCUGAAAACUUAAAUAUAUGUGAAUUGCUGUAUUUCUAUAUCACUGUUACUGCUUCCACUGGAAGGCUAUUCUAGGUAUCUACUACCCUUUCUAUAUCACUGUUACUGCUCCCACUGGAAGGCUAUUCCAGGCAUCUACUACCCUUUCUAUAUCACUGUUACUGCUCCCACUGGAAGGCUAUUCCAGGUAUCUACUACCCUUUCUAUAUCACUGUUACUGCUCCCACUGGAAGGCUAUUCCAGGUAUCUACUACCCUUUCUAUAUCACUGUUACUGCUCCCACUGGAAGGCUAUCCCAGGUAUCUACUACCCUCUCUAUAUCACUGUUACUGCUCCCACUGGAAGGCUAUUCCAGGUAUCUACUACCCUUUCUAUAUCACUGUUACUGCUCCCACUGGAAGGCUAUUCUAUGUAUCUAGUACCAUCUCUGCAUCUUUGACACUUCUUUAUUGUUUUUUAUCUCAUUCCUUUUUCAUAUUUCCGUUCUAUAUUUGUAAAGGGCUGCUGCAUAUGUUGGAGCUAUAUAGAUAAUAAUUCCUUGUUGAGUGGUCAAUGAUUUUCUUGAAGCUUAGAAAUAGCCGGAUGCCAAGUUCUGUUAGAGAUUGCCAGUGAGUGUCAUACGGGGCCGUAUUUACCAUCUUUUGUGAGCAGAUUAUGGUUAAAUAGGAGAUAAAGUUACUAUUUGUAUAAAAUGAAAUCAAUGCAUCGAGAACGAUUUUACUAGCGCAAUGUGGAGGUGAAACGUCCACCGCUACAACAGGAUAUUUUAUUCUAACCUUGCUGGACAGGAGCAUUGUGCUUGAAACAUUGCUGAACUUGCUUCCAGCCCUGUGUUUAACCCCUUAAGGACCAAACUUCUGGAAUAAAAGGGAAUCAUGACAUGUCACACAUGUCAUGUGUCCUUAAGGGGUUAAACAUUUUGUUCUGUUUUUUUUUUAUUCUGCUUAACACAGUUUCUUAUUCUGUAUUUUGUUUGGGUAACUUGUCUAAAUCAUACCCGCUUUGCUUUCUUUUUUUUUUAUCCAAAUUGAAAAUAAACUGUAUUUUUGCAGUGAAAUUAAUGAUUGUAUUUAGAUAUGGUGCAUAAAAAGCCCAAAAUAUCCUAUCCAACUUCUGAUUCUGCAUUUUUUAUUACGCCAUGCGCAGCAGAGGAAGUUGCAUCUCACAAAGCUAUUUCAGUAAUGAUGUCGCCACCUCCUGAGAAUUUUGGCAGAUAGCUUCUUAUUGCAGACAUUGCGCUGUUACUAUUUCUCUGACACUGUGAUGUAAGAAUAUAGCUUUAUUGAACGCUUUGUGAUAAAUAAAUGGGCUACCGAGGGAUUUAUUCACUAAACUCUGAAUGGUGGCAAAUAUAUACUAAAUUAACUGAUCUGUAACCACUUGUCCAAGCAGCUAUAGUUACAGUUUUGCAUGUUUAACACUAAAUGUUGCCAUUUUCAAUUCAAUUCCCCACAAUUUGAAGUUUAGUGAAUAAACGUUAGUGUGACAAGAUAAAUGUGCCCGACAGAAAAAUGAAAGAUGCCUAUUAGAACUCAUAAUGCGUCAUUAUGUAGAGUUUGAUCUGUGCACAUUAAAUCGAUAAGAUGUUUAUCAGUGAAAGUGCGUGUCGGGCCGCUGGUUGUAAUAUAGUUACAUAGUAUAUAGUUACAUAGUUAUAUAGGCUGAAAAGAGACUUGUGUCCAUCAAGUUCAGCCUUCCUCACACUUGUUUUUUGCUGUUAAUCCAAAAGAAGGCGCACCCCCCACCCCCCAGUUUGAAGCACUUACAAUUUUGCCACAAACUAGGAAAAUAAUUCUUUCUUGACCCCAGAAUGGCAGUCAGAUUUAUCCUUGGAUCAAGAAGCUAUUACCCUACAUUGAAAGAUUAUAUCCUUGAAUAUUCUGUUUUUGCAAGUAUGCAUCUAGUAGCUGAUUGAACAUCUGUAUGGACUCUGAUAAAACCACUUCUUCAGGCAGAGAAUUCCACAUCCUGAUUGUUCUUACAGUAAAAAAAACCUUUCCUUUGCCUUAGACAAAAUCUUCUUUCUUCCAGUCUAAACGCAUGGCCUCGUAUCCUAUGUAAAGUCCGGUUUGUGAAUAGAUUUCCACACAAUGGUUUGUAUUGGCCCCGAAUAUAUUUGUAUAAUGUUAUCAUAUCCCCUCUCAGGCAACAUGUUUCUAAACUAAAGAGGUUUAAAUUUGUUAACCUUUCUUCAUGGCUGAUAUAGCUAAAGAGGAACUUCGGAGGUAAAGCAUAUUUUAACUUCUAACCGAAAAUAUGCAAUUUUUGCUUUUUCCCGUUUGUUUUGGAUUUAAAUAAUUUGUAAGGGAUGCCAGUUUGGCCAACACAAAGCUAAUUCAAAUAGCCCAUGAUUCCCUGUGCGUUGCCCACUAAUCCUCAUGCGUCUGCAAGGAAUGGUGGGAAGUUGAUGCCUAUAGGGUGUAGUCUUCAGAUUCUAAACUCGUUUGGACAGGGACCGCUUUAUCAAAUGUACCAGCAUGUCAUAUGUGUCUUGUUAUAAUGAAACGUUUGUCUUGUUUUCUGAUGUACAGCGCUGUGGAACAUGUUGGCACUCUAUAAAUACUGGUAACUGUCUGGUUGGAGAUACAUGAGUAUGGCUUCCUAUGAUUAUAUGGCGAGCAUUGUGGGGGGGGCACAGUUAGUCUCUGACCCAUUGUGGGGGGUCACUGAUUGUCUCAGAUCCAUUGUUGGGGAUACGUGGGUCACUAGUUGUCUCUGACCGGUGUAGAUUUCUGACUACAAAGUGUAGAGGUAUAAACUGGAAUCCCUCAUCAUUCAACCACUUAUACCCCUGGCAUAGUUUACGCUGCAGGGAGGUCCCCAGUUUCUCUGUCUGUACAUUUCACUACAAAUAAAGAUAUUUUGAGAACCCAGCAAAGUGCCCAGCCCCACUAUGUGACAUAAUUCAAGCCAUUAGUGUGAUCUCCACGGGAGAGUCCACAGAGCCACUUUAUGGCCGCCAGUCACAUAUAUCAGCUAAAAAAAAGUGCUAUAUCUUCUGUUAGUUUGUCACUAGUCUGUAUCUGAAAUACGGAACAGGAGUGAAGAUAUCAAUGGCUGCUUUACACGGGGGUUGAAGGUAGUAAUGGUAUGAGUGUUACAUUGCUCACUAAGUAUUGCUUAAGGGAAACAUGGACCAAGAUGCAGCUAUUUGGGUGGCCAAAGCAUAAUGAUGUGGAAGUUCAGAUUCUAAACUUAGCACCAUACAGGUUCAGGGAAAACCUGAGAGAACUCGGAAAUCUGUAUAUUAUGUUAUGUCUCACCUAUAUCAUCUUACAGAUCCCUACGCGUUUCCCCCAUAUUCCCCGAGCAAUCCCCACCAGCUGUGAAAUUACGCCAAGGUCAGAUCACACUCAAAGUGUCCAUAUUUCCUAAACUCACCCUAAAGCAAACACUGUCAUAUCCUAAGAAAACAUUUUAUUAUAAAUAUACAACAUCCUACAGAAACCUUCAACGUAAAAAUACAUCUAAUAAAAACCAUCUAUAUAGAAAUAUCAAAUAUAUUAUAAAAACCAUCUAUAUAGAAAUAUCAAAUAUAUUAUAAAAGACAUCUAUAUAGAAAUAUUAAAUAUAUAUGUAGAAAUAUGAAAUAUUGUUAAAUCCUUUUGGCGCAUUGUGUGAAGAUGAGCAAUCUGUGAUAAUUAAUUUCCCAUAUUUGGGGCCCGGUGCAGGUAACUGUAAUAUUCAGAUGGGAGGGUUGGCUGCACCCUGGUAAAUCCCCCACUUCCCCCCCCGACUGCGCAGGCACCACAAGGAAGGGACGGAAUGAUGUACUUGGAGCAGGAGGUGAAUGGCGAAUCUCACCUUAAAGGCUGCCUUUUGAUUACUUUGAUUGUAAAGAAUCAAGUUUCACUAAAUAUGUCUUGAUCUCUGUAGAAAUGAUGCAGCGCAGCCCGAAUCUCUCCUAACUAUGUCAAAUGUUCCCUUCUAGCUCCACUAAUCUAGCUGUGCCAACACACCCCUCUAUCACCCACGCCUCCCCUCUAUCACCCACGCCUCCCCUCUAUCACCCACGCCUCCCCUCUAUCACUCACGCCCCCCUCUAUCACUCACGCCCCUGUGGCGAAAGUAACCUCGCCACUGGUUUUUGGAGGGGCCUGUUUGCCAGCCUCCUGCCCUGCGACUAUGGCCCUGGGAUGUAUUGCCCUUCUAGGAACUGAUUUGGGCAUACUUGAUGCUUAUAUUGCUGUUUCUGGCCCUUUAAUUCCCAUUGAAAGGAUUUGUACUUUUAAACUGGCACUUGGGAUGCAGUCGAAGUGCCGAAGUCGUUGAAGUGGCCGCCAUUCGAAUACCGAACACGUGGCGGCGGCCAUUUUAACUCAUUCGAACGCGGUCAGCGGUGUGUGCAGCCAAAUCUAUGGAACUGUUUUCGGCUACCCAAUUGCACGAACACCACUGACCCGUAAAUUCUACUCUACUUCGACACUGCGGCUGGAGACUAAGUCCCGUUCGAAGAUUUGAACGCUCAUUCGAAUGGGACUUAGUUAUUUUCUCGGUGUAAAAUAGACCGACCGCACAGCCCAAAUCCAUGGAACUGUUUUGGGCAUGAAAAUGUGGUCAAAAGUGACUUAUACCUAUCUCCCGAAUGGCUGAACGGAAUGUUUGUAUUUGUAAUGUACUGAUUAAUAAUAUAUGUUUAUUAAUAUUGGAUGUAUAGUUUUAGAGUUAUGAAAGUUGGGUAAAAACUAUGUUUUAAAUUGUACGGAUAAUUGUUACCUCUCAGGCUAAGGGGAGGAGAUGUGUGGGAUGUAACCAUUGUGUGAUUGGGUAUUGUAUAAUUGUCUGUGGGUGUCUCUCUUGCAUGGGAGAAUUGCAUAAAAGCAGAGUGUGUGUCAUUAAACCUCAGUUCUUCUUCACCCUCAAUCUAGAGUCCUGUCUCUUAUUGGGGGAAUUGCUAUAUCACUACAAGGGAUUGCUAUGCUCUGCAUGCUCCCUUGGAUAAUCACUGCUAAGCUCUUUUAAGAGCUUGUUCUUGCUUCACUCUCUUGGAGGAGAGGUUCACCCACUGGAACCUGGAGCCUUGUCGUAGGUCCAGGGUGGGUAGGAGACGGCGAGACCCCAACCAAGCUGCGGCAGUGCGUGGUCUGCGGUGGUUGUGGUGUCUGCGGAGCGCUUGGAGCCCUCUGUAAACGCUAGGAGCAUCCUUCAAUGGAGGUACUCAGUCGGGGUGCCAGGUGAUCCGUUACAGCCCCCCUCUAUCACCCAUGCACCCCUCUAUCACCCAUGCACCCCUCUAUCACCCAUGCACCCCUCUAUCACCCAUGCACCCCUCUAUCACCCACGCACCCCUCUAUCACCCACGCACCCCUCUUUUACUCACACACCCUCUAUCACCCACGCCCCCCUCUAUCACCCACGUAUCCCUCUCUUACCCACACCCUCCUGCCAAGCCCAUGUAUCCCUCUUUUACCCAUGUUCCCCUCUCUUACCCACACACCCCUGUCAAUCCCAUGUUCCCCUCUCUUAUUCACGCACCCCUCUUUUGCCCAUGCACCCGUCUCUUACUCAUGCACCUCUGCCUUGCUCACAUACCCCUGCCUUGUGCACGCACCUCUCACAUAAAACAUUGCUGUUUAGACAUUUAUGGAAAAUGUUCGGUGUCACUGCCAUAGAAAGGAACAUCUGACGUAGUUUAUAAUGAGUUUCUGUCUUACUUUUAUUUACUAUUUAUUUAAUUAUUUGCACUUAUUUAUUUAACAUAAAUAAUAUCUCCAACAUUUCCAAAAUAACCGUAUUAUAGAAACCAAUUCACCCUGAGUGUGCAGGCUGCGCGUAUUCCCAGAUAAUUCUGGUUUUUGUAUUAGAAUUGUGGGUUCAUGCUAGAAUUUAUGCAUUAUUCUUGGCGGAUAGUUUGGGAGGAACUGAUAACUGUUCUAGUUUAAUAGUGACCUUUAUCAGUACAUUCAGUUCCCCAUCGAAAAGAAGGAAGUGAUUGUUUUACAUAAUAUGAACAAGGAAAACCAUAGACUUCUACUGGUGCCCAAAUACAGGAACCGCAUAAAUCUCAUAGAAAUGUUAACCAUAUAAACACCUAUCUAGGAGGGACAGUCCCUAUAUUUUGCCCAAAUCCCUCUGUCCCUCUUUUUUCACCUUAGAGUCCCCCUUUUCUAUGAGCUCCAUAUUGUUGGUGUCUGAGUGUAUAACAGAGCUCCACAGCAAUAAUACUUUCAGUAAUGUGUCUGAGUGUAUAACAGAGCUCCACGGCAAUAAUACUCCCAGUAAUGUGUCUGAGAGUUCUUUGAAACCGCAGUGGCAGAGCAGACAGCCCCCUGGGUGGAAGACGGUAACCUGUGUGGGCACAAUUCAUAUCAAAGAAAGGGCACGUUUACUGUCUGUGCAAGCUGUGCCGUCUAUCUUACAGUGUGUUUUAUACAUCGGCGUGAGCAGAAAAUGAGCCAAUUGUGGAUUAACGCAAGAGUUUCCAUGUAAAGGCUGAUUGUCUUAUCUUAGCCAUCGAUAGUGAGUAAUGAACUUAAUAUAAUAUUCUAUGCAGACUGUGCCCGGACACUCUAAUAUUCUAUACAGACUGCGCCCCGAGACACUCUAAUAUUCUAUGCAGACUGAGCCCAGACACUCUAAUAUUCUAUGCAGACUGAGCCCGGACACUCUAAUAUUCUAUGCAGACUGAGCCCAGACACUCUAAUAUUCUAUACAGACUGUGCCCGGACACUCUAAUAUUCUAUGCAGACUGUGCCCGGACACUCUAAUAUUCUAUGCAGACUGUGCCCGGACACUCUAAUAUUCUAUGCAGACUGUGCCCGGACACUCUAAUAUUCUAUACAGACUGCGCCCCGAGACACUGUAAUAUUCUGUGCAGAAUGUGCCCAGACACUCUAAUAUUCUAUACAGACUGCACCCCGGGAUAUAUCAAUGCUCUAAUAUUCUAUAUAGACUGCACCACGGAACAUGACAACGCUCUAAUAUUCUAUACAGACUGCACCACGGAACAUGACAACGCUCUAAUAUUCUAUACAGACUGCACCACGGAACAUGACAACACUUUAAUAUUCUAUACAGACUGCACCACGGAACAUGACAACGCUUUAAUAUUCUAUACAGACUGCACCACGGAACAUGACAACGCUUUAAUAUUCUAUACAGACUGCACCACGGAACAUGACAACGCUUUAAUAUUCUAUACAGACUGCACCACGGAACAUGACAACGCUUUAAUAUUCUAUACAGACUGCACCACGGAACAUGACAACGCUUUAAUAUUCUAUACAGACUGCACCCCGGGACAUGACAAAGCUUCAAUAUUCUAUACACGCUCUGAUACUGAUUUUGAGGAAUAAAUAAUUAAUUAUUCUAUGAAUAUCCUACAGACAGUCCUGACAUAUCAUGGCAUGACACAUGUAUGAAGUACAUUUUCUGGCAUAACACAUGUAUGAUGUACAUAUCCUGGCAUGACACAUGUAUGAUGUACAUAUCCUGGCAUGACACAUGUAUGAUCUACAUAUCCUGGCAUUAUACAUGUACAGUGUGGGGAAAAGGUAUUUGAUCCCCUUCUGAUUUUGAACGUUUGCACACUGACAAAGAAAUAAUCAGUCUAUAAUUUUAAUGGUAGGUGUAUUUUAACAGUGAGAGACAGAAUAACAAAAAAAUAAACAAAAAAGUUAUAAAUUGAUUUGCAUUUCAAUGCAUUUUUCUGGAAAAAAAUUUUUUUUUGUUAUUCUGUUUCUCACUGUUAAAAUAGACCUACCAUUAAAAUUAUAGACUGAUCAUUUGUUUGUCAGUGGGCAACCUUUCAAAAUCAGCAGGGGAUCAAAUACUUUUUUGAAGUACAUAUCCUGGCAUGGUUCUCAGUCAUACAAACAGCUAUAUCAAUGCAUGCAGUUCCAAGGGUAGUGUGGUGUUGGUGUGAUGGAUGUCAUAGGAUUGGCGGUGAGGCAGUCGCCUAAUCUGACCUGAUGGCGGGCCGCUCGGAAUGAAAAGACAUGGAAAUCCUGAGAACUCACUGCUUUGCUAAUAAUUAUUCUAUUUAAAAAAACAAUUAUUCACAAUAACAUUGCUAAAAUUGUUCGCUAAUAAUAAUAUGAGCAUGUUCAUUCUCUUUAUACACCAAAGCUCACCAAUAAAACAAGACAAUCAUUCAUUGAGCAGAGCUCUGGCCAAGUUUCCGCUCCGGCCUUUUAUCGCAGAUUCUUUUGCAGCAAGUUGCAAUAUUGUAAGAUACAAACGUUGGGAUAAAGGGCUUUUAUACACAAGAUAAUCAAAGCAGGAAACCGUUCAAAAAUUUAUAAACAAAAGCAUUCUUUCAUGGUGGGAAUAGCUGCUAGCACCGUGUCCGAGCAGCACAAUAUGUUUACAGACAGGAGCACAGACCCAAAUAGCGAAUAUCACUUUCUUAAAUACGGUAAGAGAAACUGGGAGACCUGUUGAUGUAAGGAAAUCAUUUUUAUUGGAGCAAAAUGGUUAAAUCAUUAUUUAUGCACAGCUAGCAGAACACAAGUUCAAUUCAUGAAAAUUGACAAACAGAAACCGAUCCUUCAAACAUCUAUCCCAAAAUUGGACUUGGAUCUGCAACUGAUUAAAAUGUAUGAUUCAUUAAAUAGUGAAAUGUAUUGAAUUUCUAAAUCUAGGACCAAAUAUCCGCGUUGGAGAAGAUUUGCAUGUUUAGAGUAUAGACGCUUAUUUUUGAUUCUAGAUCUUCGAGAGAACUUUCUAAAUUCCGCAAACAAAAUGUAAAAAACCAACCAAAGGAAUCUCCCCGAAACCAUGAGCACAGAAGUGGGUGUAGUUUGGGGAGCCCCACGCCCUAUACCACACGGCUUCUCUUCAUGUAAGGAAGGAGUUAUUGUGCCGACGAUCACUGUGUUUCUCAGCACCAACAAGAAAAACAUUUUUAAAAUUUAUUUUCCAUUCGUUCGAACCACAUCAAAGAAACCGUUUUCUUUCCUAAGAGACAGAUCAGAAAAAAAAAUCAAAAACAGAUGUAAAUCGAAACUGUUUCAAGCUAAUCAACUUUUUCAUUUACUUUUACAAUUAUUGUCAAACCACUGAGGAAAAGUCUUAAUUUUAGUUUCCUUGUAUCGAGAUUAUUAUCUCUCUGACAUUUAACCUGCAGCUGUAGGAGAGAUAAUGCGUUAUGUGUAGCCAACAGCUCUGUUCCUAUUAAUUUAGGGCUACUCACUAAACUAAACCAUGACCUGUCUGAAAUUUCAAAGCAAAAUACUAACGUAAGUCAGAAACAGCUGAGCUAAAAAUAUUACUGAGAAUUGUUCCUGUGCGGGUUUUUUGGCCUAUAAUUUGACAUACAAUGGUGACUUCUCGACUAUUAAAAACAAAGGGGUUUUAUUCGCGAAACAUAGUUCAGACAGCUAUGAAUAUACAGCAGAGUUGAAGAUUUUUCCUAAAUCAGCACUUUUUGCCAACAUUUUGCAAUUUAGUUUCAGUGAAUAAUCCUGAUGUUUUGAAAACAGAAGCUCGGACGCUGUGAAUCCAUGAUGUUGCGACAUACUAAAAAUUCUACAAGCAGCAAAGUAAGUGAAACCGUAAAAACUGACUGGACGGUUUCAUGAUUGUGAAAUGCGGUGACAUUUCUGUGAAUAUCGCUGAUUGCAAACACUGGAAAAAAACUGGUUGCUAUUUUUUUGUUUUGUUUAUACGAUUUUUAUUGUAGGUCAAAAGCUAUACAGAAAAUGACACUGCAAUAGUGUUGAAUUGCAUCAUUUGAAAAAAAGUUUCCAAACAUUUCUGCUUCCAACCUAAAAAUAGUUUUCUAAACAAGGGCCGUUUACAUAUUAAAAAUACAAAUAGCAAGUGAGACGCUUUAAAACGGCAAACGUUUUCUUGUAACAGAGUAAAGCUUCCUCCUUCCUGUCCCUUUCAGUGACAUUAUGCAAUAAACAGACGUGGCCCUGUAAUUAGCAAUAUUUUAUACACGUAUUAGCUGUUUAUUCACAAAGCUGUGAUUUGGGAUGAAAUACACGAUUUAGACCAAAAGAAAAAAGCCUUUAGCAGUUAUUUGUCCAUUAUCAAGGAAAUUGUUAAUUUUGGACCAAAAUAGCCAAACUGGUGGAAUAUGGUUUUUAAUAAAGCAAGAAUUGCAGAAAUUCAACAUGGAUUUGGAAUUUAAGGCUGAACUGGGACCAGAUCUGUUUGGAGAAUUGUUCCACUUUCUUUGUUUUUGGCCUAAUUUAAAAUUCAUUUUGACUUCUUAAUAAUUCUCAAUUUAGUGACUAACCCUGUAAAUGUUUCGCACAGCAAUGUCACCCUAAACCUGAUUCUUGCUGUUAGAUUCCUGACAAAUCACAGUUUAGCAAAUCACGUUGUUUUGUGAAUAAGCCCCCUUUGUGUUAUAUUUUCUGGGGUUUAGUAUAUAAAACCAUAGCUCUCGUUCUACCGAGGAUAACCCGUCACAGAGAGAGAAACCUUUAGGGACUGUAAAACCGUUCUCCGCACUAUGUACUAUUCCGCUGGGAGAAGAGAUGUGUAGUUGGUAAUUAUGGGCGCGUUAAAGGUCCUAACAGGCCAACUUCUGAAAAGGAAAGGGUUGGAUUAUUUUUUUAUUUUUUUUUGUAUUAUUUAAACCAGGGUGUAUAAAAGGUAGAUCUCCAGGUGUUUCAAAACUACAACUGCUAUGAUGCUUUGUUAUGCUAAAGGUCUUCUAAGGACUUGCAAAGCAACAUGGGAGUUGUUCUAUAACAUCUGGGGAUCUACCUUUUGGACACCCCUGAUAUAGACUGACAGACUGAAUACAGACAGAAUGAGCACAGUUUGGACCUCACAAGCUUCUUUAAAAUCUGAGAAGUUAUCUGUUGCCCAUGCGGUGGUAAAGAGGGGUGCUGCACCCUAAAUAUGCAUGACUUGGCAUGUUUUCCUGGAAGCACACAUACUGGUACUAAUAUCCCUUUCAUAAUAUUGUACUUUGAAUGGAAGGAGUAUUCAAUCAAUACCAGGGAUCGUGUUGCAGGGAAUUGAUUCAAUGAUUUCAAUAUGAGCCUGUCCCAGUCCGAUCAAGAGCAAUGCUGUUAUAUUACAAUAGCUCCCAGCAUGUAACAAGCUGCUCAGGUUAAAAUCUGAAACAAAUUACAUUUGCAGAACAGGAAUUAAGAAGCACAAUGGCUUCUCACAUGUCACGUACGUUUAACUCAUAAUGUAUAUAUUACAUACAGUAUACAGGGUUUAUUUCACAAGGGUAUAAAACAUUUUAACUCCAAAUAGUGCAGUUGGAGAAUUCUUCCAAUUUAACUGUUUUCACCUACAAAUUGUAAUUGCCUUCUCAAUUCACCACAAUUACCAUUUAUCUAAUUUAUUGAAUCCUGAUUUAAUUAUUUCUUUAACCCCAGCCGAUCCUCCAUUAGCCGAACGUCUCCCUCAGCCGAACAUCACCCUGGCCGAUCCUCCAUCAGCCAAUCCUCUCCCUCAGCCGAUUCUCACCCGAUCCUCUCCCUCAGCUGAACAUCACCCCAGCUGACCCUCACCCGAUCCUCUCCCUCAGCCGAACAUCACCCCAGCCGAUCCUCUCCCUCAGCCGAUCCUCACCCCAUGAAGUGAAUAGCACAGUGAGGACAAGGGACCAGGAUCCGCAUCCUUUACACAAACUGCAACAAAAAAUCACUAUUUAAACUGGCCCAAGUCUAUGAGCAGUGCAGACUGGCCUUAAAGACCAGUCUGAUUAAAACUGAGGCACCCACUGACUGUCCCCUGCUUGGUAUUGCUGAAAAGGAAUUUAAAUAUUGAUUUUUGCCAUGUUUGGCUGCAUUGACAGACUGAUAUUGCUGAAAUAGACCCAUUAGCUAUGGGCGAACAGGGAGCUAGGUGGCAGCUACCUUGGUGUAAUCACCUGAGGGUCCCGUCACUUCCUGGUUCCCUUUAAUGUGAUGUCAUGUUUUCUUAAAAUGUAAUUUGCAGUGGUUAUGGUACGGAGACUUAACCAGUUCAUCAAACAGAAACCUAUCUGUCUCUGCGCUGUACCCCUUCCCUACUGCAGCCAUGUUGCAGUCUUUAUAUCCGCUGAAUUCCUAUAUCUCCCUGCAGUGCCUGGGGCCCUUAUCGAUGGCUCCGGACUCCCAGACACCAGGCCAGGAUUGCAAUUUGAAUACUGAAGUAAUAAGAUGAACCCCAAGGCCAGUGUCUGUAUAUUUACCUCAUUACGGCAUAGAAAGUGCGCCUCACAUACACUGUGGGUGCUUUUCUUAUCACAAAUGGUCAGGAAGAAAAGCUUUAAAUUGACAUUUUUCAUUAUGUCAAAUAUAAUAUGGCCAGUUUAUUGGGUUCUGUGACAGGUCUGUGAGUAGGCCUAGGGUUUGCACAAAUUUAAACCACAAACCAUCUCGAAAUGUAGAAAAUUACUCAUCUCCCCUCCCUCCUGCAGCUGAUUGUAUACCCUCCCCCACCCUGUCUAGUGCUUAGCACAGAAAGGGUUAACGUUCACAGACUGAAAUAGCGGUUACGGCUUAUACGGCGUGAAUCAAUGGAUGAGCCCUAAGUUUUUUUUUGUCAGUCUGCAUUUGGCUGUGAAUUAUUUAUUAAGCUGAAAGUUCUGUAUGUUUUAAAGCUCUGGGCAGAUUUCGGUUGAAAAACACCUUUCACAGUAAUAUCUCAUCUACCCGGCCGCCAUUGGAACCUGCGCAAAUGGCCAUAAAUAGCAAAUAAUAUUUAAAUUCAUGUUGAAGCUGCAUAAACACAUUCACUUAUCAUGCACAAAAAAGUGUGUGUGUGUGUGUGUGUGUGUGUGUGUAUAUAUAUAUAUAUAUAAUAAAGUGUUUGUGUAUAGCUGCAAAUGACUGGCGUCAGAUAUAUUGUGGUAAAUUGGCUCACGAGGCAUGGCAGAUUAACAGACAUGAAAUGAGGACUCUGGAAAAAGAUGGCCCCAUAGCUUUCAUUUCACCCAGGAGUCGGACGGACCCUUUCUAGCAGCCCGGAGAAGCAGUGCAUUCUGGGGAGCCUUCCCCAUUUACAGCUGACACAUAUACCAUAGCCAUAAGUGUGAAUGUUCUGUCACUAAUGUGUAAAUUAAUCCCGAACGCAUCGCUCCGUCCGUGUGACAGAAUAAAUUAAACCCCAUCACUGCCCCUCAUGACUCCUAAUACUCUUGUCCGUCAUCAGAAGAACUUCUGUUACUUUCAAUAACGUUACUUUACUAAUAAUCUAUUAUAAGUUCUGAUAUUGCGCUUCCUUUGCGCCGCACUGUGCAGGGAAAUAGGGAGUCAGCCGUGUGAUUCUAUUACAGCAAUUUAAUAUAAAGAGCAAUAUUUACCAAACUCGGAACUGACCGUAAAAUGCCAAGUCGUAGAAGUAAGUUUAGUAAAUAGCCAAAAUAUCAUCAUUUUUAGUCACGUUCCGAAGAAAAUCUGGAGAAUUUUCUUGAUGAUGUUUAUUAUUUUUGUAAAGUUUAUUGGCUGUAAAAUUUCAUCCAAAUAGUAAAAUUGGGAUAUUUUGAAAACACCGAACUGCCUGUAAAUUGGCAGAUGUAGUGAUAAUCUUGAGAAAUAUAAAUCAGUCUAUGAUUGUCUAAAAACUGGAAUUAAAUAAAGAGCCAUUCAAAUCUAAUGAAUGCACACUAACAAUCCGUACUGCUGACCUUAAACUGAAUAGACCGGGUGAUGGUUAGGGAUUUAACCCUCGGUGUGUAUGGAUCAGAAUAAUAUGCAUCAUUUAACCCUUACAUUGCUCAAUAUCACCUUUCAGGAGCCAUCAGUCAAUCAUUUAUCCAACUGUUUCACUGGGAGAUAGUGAACAAACUCGAAAUCCUUUAUUCAUUAUCCACAGUCUCUGCUUUAGUAAAAAAAAAAACACUGAUGAGUUAGGCAAAGAAAGAAAUUGUGAUUUAUUAAUAAUAAAAAAAAAUCUUCAAUUAAACUGGCUCCGUGAAUGUAUAUGUGCAAUUAUUCCAAUUGUAAUUUAACAGGAAAGCCUUUGCUAAAACGAUUGUCUUAAAGAGGGCUGAAACUCAACGUUUUGUUUGUGACUGUUCCCUCGAAGAAAACGGACGGCGCUCGCUUACUUCCUAUAAUUCUGUGCCCCAGUUUCCCAUUGCGGUCCAUUCUCUGGAUUUGGCGAGUGGAGCUGUAUGUAUGCAAGGAACCAUGUCAAUUAGCGCUCAUUAGCCUGGACUGAUCUUCUAGGCGGUUUGAUGAACAGUCUCUACCUAGACCGUGUGGCUGCAUGUAGCAUCUGCUGGGCUAAAUAAAAAUAAAUUGUCACGGCACAUGUCACAGUUCCUCUCUAAGCCCCUGCCAGUAAUUCUAACAUAAGCUUUUUGCUGCAAAUAACUCGAUUUGUUUUAGAAUCCUUUCCACUGCCAGAAAAUGAGUCAAAAUAAUUUGACAGCAGACACACGUGUAACAGCUUGAAUGGCAAUAUGUCUGUACUGGGGAAAAUCAUCUUCCCGCUACAACGUUUGAGAACAAAAGACAACUCACUGCUAUUCCUGCACAGAAAGAUGGUGACAGUGACACAGGAACAACAAACGUCGGUAGCCCUGAAUAAGGAAUUGGGGCAUUGGACCCUUCAGCUCAUUCACUAAAACAACACAACGUGGGGCCAGGAUUGAGAGCCUUCGGCCACUUCCCGUUUCAGAGAAGCUGUAAAUUUAGAGCAAAUGAGGAACAGUCAGAGUUGAGAGAGUUUAUUUUCUACAUGAAAUAAAUUAAGUAAAUAAUUCAUAAAAUGGAUGUUCAUCAAAGUAAUCACUGUCAGAAUGUCUCCAUGUGACCUGCUCGGUUGCUCCCUAUAUUAGGGGUACAAGUGAUGUAAGCAGAGUAUUCUAGGGGGUCAACCUUAAGUAACUCUUUAAAACGUGUGUUUACAUAUUUAUUUGCUUUUAAGAUCUUGUUUCCAAGAUUGUUAUCAGGAGGGCCCUGACUUGGUUCAGGCCUACCAAUCAGCCCCCAAUUUGAGUAAUAUCAUAGAGUGUGCACUACAAUAAUGUGCAAUCAUAAUUAAUACUUUAUAUCACGUUAAUAAAGGAUUAGUGCAUCAGGAAUAUCACGCUGUGUCAUACUGUUUCUUUGAAACAAAACGCCAUCAAACACUGUCCUGUAUGUAUUGUCACAGCUGCCUGUUACAGCCGUGGAUGCCACCUUAAACGCAGUAAUGUUAUAUGGCAGUCAUGGUUGUUUUUAUACAAUAACCUUAUGUAAUGGGGCACAUGAAAAUACAGGGCAUUAAUUAAUACUCAGCUGAAGUCAAGUAUUUAGAGAGCAUGCUAAUUAAUGUCACAUUGUGCAAUGGGCCACAUAGCAUGUGCCACUGGAUACAAGGUAACAUUACCCAAUUUAAACUAUGUUUAUAAACCUGUCAGAUGUGUAUUCACUAAACACAGCACACAGGGUCUGCAGUCAUCAUGCACCAUCCGCGAAGUUCGAGUUUUAUUGACCCCUGGGGUCAGUAGCCGCGGUCACCCUUGUCUAGUGCCUUACGGGUGACUGCUACACAACGAUGGCGGCGACUUUCAAAGGCGAUUUCUCGUUAGGGAUGGCAAGAAAUAAAUGUCACAUUUUAUUUUACUGACUGUUUUACGCUUUCAAUUUCCAUUGUGUGGGAGGUAAAGUGGUCACAUAGUGGUUUUAAAGGUGCAGUCUUAAAAAAAAGAAAUAGGAACAAAGUCUGUUAUUCGGUUUCUAGGGUGGGAACUUUGCAUUAACCAUUUGAAUGGUUAGAAGGGUUAGAAUUCAACACACAUUUAUAAGGAUUCCAAUGAGAAAGCGGAUGUUUAGACAUUAAUUUAAACAAAUAUUUUUUAUAAAUUUAAUAAAUCCCAGCAAUAUACAUGGUUUAUCUAUCAAAUGUAAAAUUACCUGCUUACACUUUUAUUCAUGUGCAUGUGAGAUUGCCUAUUUGUAAAAGUGCAUGUAUGUGAGAGUGCGUGUGUAUAUGAGAGUGUGUGUGUGUAUAUGAGUGCGUGUGUUUGUGAGUGUGUGUGAGUGCGUGUGUAUGUGAGAGUGAGUAUGUGUUUGGGGGCUGCGCUGUCUGAUUAUAUAUGGGGAACUCCAAUAUUUGCUGAUAUUUCUAUAAAUCGCACUAAUAAAAUGACAGAUUCUGAGAGAUUUUGAUUAAUAAUAAAGACUUGCUUGUGCACUUGAAAUGAUAAAAGCAUAAAAACCUGUUGGGUUAUUUGUGUCCAUUUAUGUAUUUUUAGUUUUUAACGAUUAUAUGCGGGGGAUAUUUUUAGAUCUGUCAAUGCUGGUUAACAUAUUCUGCGCUAUGGAACGAGAAGUGCUAAAGGUGACAAUGGAAAAAGGACUGAGGUGUGCUAGCAAUACAUGUAUUGUGGUAAAGACUACGCAGAGACUGCGCAGAGGGCGGGGCACACACCCACAUAACUAUCUCUCAUGGUGAUCACUCUGGACAUUAAUCAUUAAGCUGUUAAAUGUGUUUUUACAAUAAACACAAGUAAAGUGUAUACAUUUAGUUCUCCCUAAUAACGCAUAUUAACAUUGCACAGCAGGCACACUGACAAAUGGACUUCAUUCACCCCAGAAGUAGAGUCUGAAGAUAAUACUUUAUAUUAAAGGGACUCACAAAGCACCACAACCACUACAGUCUAUAAUAAUAUUACGUGAAGUUUGUGGGUGCUCCCCCAAACCUAUUUGGAGCAGUGCGAGAAAACUGGGUCAAUCCUGACACUCAGAGAAUGAAUAAAGUGAAUCUAUCACUUCUAUAUAGUCCACUCUGAGAGUUCACCAAGUUAACCCACCACAAGUAACCCCUUCCCAUAUAAAUCACUACCAUUCAGUCUGCCCCCAUCUAACCCAUUUCUACUAUCCUGCCCUAUCUAACCCACCCCUGCUAUCCUGCCCUAUCUAACCCACCCCUAGCUAUCCUGGCCCAUCUAACUGCCCCAUCUAACCCACCCCUUUCUAUCAUGCCCCAUCUAAUCCACCCCCUGAUAUCCUGUCUCAUCUAGCCCACCCCUGCUAUCCUGCCCCAUGUAACCCAUCUCCUGCUAUCCUGCCCCAUCUAACCAAUCCCCUGCCUUCCUGCCCCAUCUAACCCAUCCCCUACUAUCCUGCCCCAUCUAGAUGCCCCAUCUAACCCAACCAUAGCUUCCCUGCCCCUUUUAACACACCCAGCUAUCCUGCCCCCAUAUAACCCACCCCAGCAAUCCUGCACCAUAUAACUAAACCCCAGCUAUCCUGCCUCCAUCGAACUGCCCAUUCCAAUGAACCCAAGCUAUCCUGCACCAUCUAACCCACCCUAGCUAUCCUGCCCACAUAUAACCCACCCCAGCUAUCCUGCCCCCAUGUAACUAAACCCCAGCUGUCCUGCCUCCAUAUAAGUGCCCAUUCCAACGAACCCAAGCUAUCAUCACCAUCUAACCCACCCCUACCUAUCCUGCCCUAGCUAUCAUGUCCUAUCUAAUCCAACUCCUGUUAUCUUGCCCCAUCCAACCCACCCCUGAUAUUCUGCCUCAAUCUAAGUGCCUCCUCUAACCCACCCCCUGUUACCAUGCCCUAUCUAACCCAUCCCCUGCUAUCCUGAACUCCAUCUAACCCACCACCUGCUAUCCUGAACUCCAUCUAACCCACCGCUAGCUUUCCUGUACCCAUAUAACCCACUCCUAGCUAUACUGCCCCUAUAUAUCCUGCCACAUCCAACCCAAGCACAGCUAUUCUGCCCCAUCUAACUUACCCCUGCUUACGCAUCACCAGCUCUUUCCCUGGGCUCACAGUCUUUCACUGCCCUGCAAGGCUGGUUGGCUUUGAAUGGAUCAUUCGCAGCUUUAUGUAUGCAAUUCGAGAAUACUGUGAUUAUUUAAUUCAGCACAAAAACCAUCAUCACUACGGGCGAUAUAUUUAGGGGUAAAUAGGGAGCUGCUAGCCCUGCCAGUAUAUUUAGGGGUAAGAGGGAGCUGCUGGCCCUGGCGGUAUAUUUAGGGGUAAAUAGGGAGCUGCUGGCCCUGCCGGUAUAUUUAAGGGUAAAUCGGGAGCUGCUGGCCCUGCCGGUAUAUUUAGGGGUAAUAGGGAGCUGCUGGCCCUGCCAGUAUAUUUAGGGGUAAAUAGGGAGCUGCUGGCCCUGACGGGAUAUUUAGGGGUAAUAGGGAGCUGCUGGCCCUGCCCCGAACUUUGCUUCGAACAUGCCGGGUUAUACCCAUCGGUUUACUCUACCAGCAAUGUUGUCUCUGUACUUCUGGGAUCAGCGCAGGAAAAGGCUCUGUAUUCCCACAAUGUGGAUUGGACCUGACUCGCUAAUUACUCUUAAUGAACGAGGUAUUACAGGAUUGUAUGGGGAGCAAUUACCAGCAGCGUUAUUUCAGGAUGCCAGCCUUAAUUGAGGCUUCCAUUGAAGGACAAAUUGCACGUUUUGCUGAAAGUAAAGAGCUUGGAUUCCGUAGAAACUGCAAAUUGUAUCAGUGUCACUCGGUCAAUGAGUCAAGCUAAAAAAAACAAAGGAAAUGUUACAGCAAAAUUCUGAUUAUUUAUAACCCAUUGGUGUUUUAAUUAAUUAAAUGAUAUAACGAUAAGCGACACAAGGGAAGCAAGAAACAGAAAAGUGCGCUAUCGCCAUGGAAACCAAUGGAAUUGCACAGAAAUAUUUUUGGGGAGUUCUCUGUAUCUCAGUGGUUGUAUGUGGUAUAUUCUCACCGUAGCGCUGCUUAGGAAGCUGGUAUGUCUACACUGAUCCAGGUCAAUAUCUGGGGGAGAAUGACUAUAAAACCUCCGCAGCUACGGAAAUUCAUUGGUGAGAGAUAAGGAAAAUUCACAUUGACCAGCGAUGCAGCUUUAUUAUUUCCUGUAGAAUCCAGAUGAAAUAUCCUGCGGGACGAUAUUUGUUAGAGAUAAUAUAAAGAAUACUUAUUGUCACAGCUGGGGAGCCAUCCUUACCAAAACCACUUCCUGGCAAGCAAAACCUGUUCAUCAAUGAGCCGAGACGAAUGGGGAGAUGAUACAUUUCACAAGCUCUGACACGUAGAUUAUACAGAAAAAAACACUUGUAAAACAGUCAUCUGCAUUUUUACCUUCUGUGAAUGGAAGACACGUCUAGACAGAGGAUUGAAAUAUGGGAUCAUCAUCUUUUAAAAAAAUCAGUUUAAACCUUUGUGAACAAAUCUGUCUGGUCCUCCGUUUAAUAGAUCCUCUGUGGUGAGGAUGACAGUAUUGGAUGAAUACAGCGUUACGGAAUCUGAUGGCGCUAUAUAAAUAAUAAAAUAAAAAGGCUCCGGAAGGACACAGAACGAAUUUACAUGAGAUGUCUAGUAAUAAUAAUGAUUCCGUAACUGCGAUAAUAUAGGUUAGAUGGGAAGGGCUUGAUAAUGGCUGAUGCUUUUGCAGAAUUAAUAAAUACAGGUGAUUGCCUCGGGUCAUGCUAUUUAGAUAGGUAUGGGCAGACUACAGGGCGACUGCUGUUUAUCUCUCAAAAUAAUCUAUUUCAGUUGGACUCUACUGCGGUGCAUACUAGGCUACGUUGCUAAGCGCCUUCAUAUAUAUAUUUGUUCUAUGUGUGUCAUAUUAACACAAUUACUGCCACAAUAAGCCAAGCUUCAAAAAUACAGAGUGACAUGGACCCUGUGUCCAUCUGCCAGGUGUACCCCUCGAGUGUAAUAUUCCUAAUUCAAUCUGUAUAUUGUGUUGUCCAAAAGCACACAUAAAACUUUAUUUGCUAAGGAGAGACACCAAUAAUGUCUAUAAACACCAGGAGCUGACCUAGACCUUCGGAUUGAGUUCGGAUGUAUUUUUUUUUUUUUUUUAAUAAUAUUUAUUUUUCAUAUAUUUUAUACUUUUUGUCCAAUAAACUGGUCUUUAUUUCUAUCCAGUUUCAGAACCAUUGCUUUUUAUCUACUGUUGUUACAUUGUGUAACAAUAUUUUAGCCUACAGUUCCUAAUACUGUAUUGCUACAAUAUGAAAUUUUUUCUAUGUGCGUCCUUCAUUUGGUACAAGUACCAGUCAUUCUGCACUGCACAUUUUUGUUCCAGACAUAUUUUAACCUUUUUACCUAUUUAUUUAUUAUCCUUUAUUUAUUAUUUAUUAUCUACAUAUCUGAUUAUAUUUAUUUAUCCUGCUUUUACUUUCUCUUGUGAAAUCCAGUUCUCUCUUAAAGGCACAGCACCACUAUAUUCAUAUCCUCUCAUGUAUCCAGGCAUAUGCUCAUUUUUAGCCAUAUUCUAGGUCAGCUCCUGGUAUUUAUAGACAUUAUUGGUGUCUCUCCUUAGCAAUUCUUUUAUAGGUUUUAGUGGAUCCCUAUUUUUUCCAGUUCUUUUGAGCAGCCUAGUGCCAGUCCUACUCCCUCACUCCUGGGUAACACAUUAGGUGUACCAGUAUCCAUCAUUUUAUAAAACUUUAUUUGACCUUGAAAUACAUUCACUAAUCUGAGAAUUGUUGAGAACUAACUCCAAAAAAUAAUAAUUUUACGCCAAAACAGCCCGACUGGAAACCUGUUCCAAUGUAAAAUUUUGCCCUAAACUUUGCGAUGCGCUGGUCAGUUCUCCAAGAAUGUAUGAAAAAUGGCCGCUUUGUGCCCAGCUUCUCGACUAAUUGGAAAUGGCGGCUGCAAGGAGCUCAGUGAUGGUUUAACCAUGUGGUAAUCAGGCCGCUGUGACGCGCUGUCUGUAUACUGUGUGUAAAUGCUGUCUGAGCGUUCUUUAAUCAUGCUGAUACAAUGUAUUUAUUAAUGUGACAUUAAACUCCAUCUCUGGAGAAUACAGUAAUUACAAUGUAUUUAUUAUAACUGCCUUUAUUUUUAAUUUCUAUCCUAAUUAAAUAUUUGCAAACCUGAUGCUUCUUGUGAGUACUGUACAUUAAGAAUGAAUUUCGCUGCUAGAUUCAAACAGUGACAUUUUAGCACUUCAUUCGUGGAGUGGCAUGUUUCUGCAAUUUAGGUAAAAUUAAGGGAUUAGAGUCACAUUCCCAAUUCUUUCAUUCGUGUGAAUCUGCCAAAACCUGCUUUAAAUAGAGUGGGCGGAUGCCCAACCCUUAACAAUUAUUGGAGGCACCAUCCAUGAGAGUGUUUUAUUUCGAAAAUUAGGUCUAUUUAAUGAGGUGCUCAGAAUGAUCUGCUGAUGUAAAAAAACAUAUUUCAGACAUUGAUUUAGGUGCUGAGAUACACCCAGGUCCUGCUUCCAUGCUUAAAGAGAUUAAAUAAAACCAUUGGCUAGGAGCCGAGGGCGAGAGAAACUAGCACAAAUUUCCUUCUAAUAACUAAAGAAAUGUCUAAUCUGUUAUUAGAAUCUGUUAAUAUAAUGUUAGUUCAAACAGUAAACGGUCUAUGAGACACAGAGGAGGAAGUGGGAUCUGCAAGGUGUGUAAUUUGAUGAGUAUACAUUGUAACAGUGCGACAUUGUGUCUCCCAGCACAAUUUAACACUACAUGCUGUGUUAUGAGAGGAGCAAUGAUCUCUAUGCUAAGACAGAUGUUAAUAAUAUUAUUCAUAGCAUGUCCAUUUAGCAGUUAAAAAAAUAUAUAUAUAUAUAUAUAUAUAUAUAUAUAUAUAUAUAUAUAUAUAUAUAUAUAUAUAUAUAUAUAUAUAUAUAUAUAUAUAUAAAUAAAUAAAAAAUCGACUUUAGCCUUCUGGGUAGUAUUUUGUGUACUCCUUAUACGGCUAUGUGCCCUUAAUACAUAUAUAUAUCUCCUGUGCCAUGAUUCUUAUUUAAUCACAAAUAACGCUUACUUAGUGUAAAACCCAUCAUGUGGAUUUUAAUUGAAAUAAAAACAAGACAGAAUGAUAGAAACCAAAUGAAAACCAAACUCCCAGCAUUGGGCCAUCAGUAUCUGCAUAAAUUCUAGUGAGUGUAGAUUAUUCAGGGCACCCUUAAAGUAACCGUCCCCAAUGUCUGAUCUGUACCAACCCUGUAAUGGCAUAAAAACAGAAUAUUCAAGGAUAUAAUCUUUCAAUGUAGGGUAAUAACUGCUUGAUCCAAGGAUAAAUCUGACUGCCAUUCUGGGGUCAAGAAGGAAUUUUUUGCUAGCUUGUUGCAAAAUUGUGCUUCAAACUGUUUUUUUUUUUUUUGCUUCUUUUGGAUCAACAGCAAAAAACAAAUGUGAGGAAGGCUGAACUUGAUGGACGCAAGUCUCUUUUCAGCUAUGUAACUAUGUAAUAUGCCUACUGUGCCAGGCUUGUCAUGUGAAGAUAUUGUUAGUAGCGAGAGCUCAGGGUUACGUCCAAUCCUAUACAUUGUGAACAUCAAAUAUUCCAUUAAAACUACGGGCUCUCAUUUUACAUGUUCAUUCACCGCAAACAAAAUAAAUUAGUAUGAAAAAAACACGGUGGGUACAAUAUCGAGUUGAAAAAGAUUAAAUCUGAUUAUUUUUUGUGUCGAGUAUUCCAUUACUACAUUGUAGUUUAAUCACGUUUUGCUCCUAAUAUAUUAUCGCAGUCACAUAUUGUGUGUAUGUACAGAACACAUUGUCUAAAUGAUACAAAGCUUUAAGAAACCUCAACGCCUACACAGGAAGCUCGAUUUGUUUGUCUUAUCAGACCUUUUAAAACUUCAAGAAAACAUGUGAAAUUGAUGGCGGUUUGUUAAAGGUCAUUGUGACUGAGCUGACCCAAACAGACAGCAUGUAAUAGGGGGUUUGAUUCUCUAAAACCUGUGCAGUAGAAAUUCACAUUUGCUUUAAUUUCACUGAACUGUUUGGGUUAGUGUUAAGUCAAUGCACAUUUGAUAUUCUAUUGUGAAUUAGUAUUAAGUCUGCAGCUUUAGAUCAGUAAAUAUUUAUCUAAACAUGUAAUUAUAAUAUUACACAUUGCUGCACAGGAUAAUUACUGUAUGUAAACACCAUCAGACUAUUAAUUUAACGCCUUCACUAUAAGGUGGAUUAACAUAUAGACUGCAGUUCAGGGAUAUCUGAAAAAUAAAAUCGUGCAAAUGCACCUAUUUAUUCAUCCUUUAAAAAACAUAUUGGGAGGAUAACAAUUUGUAGCAAUAUUCGUAGAAUUAAUAUUCUUUGCCUUGCAAUAUGUCAGACAGAGACAUAGACGUUUGUCUGAUACACUACAGGAGGGUAAAAUUAGUCCUAUCCCGUUUAUUUAGCAAUUUGAAGAAUGAUGCUUUCUGAUAGCUCCUCCAGAAUGUAAGAAUAAUGGCUAGGUGGAUGGAUAUUAUGACUACAUACAGUAAGUACUGAUCCUUGGCAAAACCAGCUGUUUCCUUGUUAGAGCAGUACUCGUUGCUCACAGGGACAGUAUUUACCGUAUAACACUGGAUGUUUGUCACUGUGUCAUCAACGCUUACACUUGGUCCCAUUAAAGCCCAAUCCAUGCCCGUUUACCCCACGUGAUGUGCCAGGUGAGGCAGUAUCUGGGUCAGUACUGUAAAAUCUCUCUGAGAAUUCCCUGCACAUUGUAUCUUAGUGAAUAUCCUGAAAUACAGGGGAAUUAAAUGGUGUGUUCGCCAUUAAACGCGCUUCUUGCUCGUACUGAUCAUCUCUUGGCGCCAUUCUUUGACUUUGAUCACGAAUGAAUAUUAACUCGUGCAGUUCUACUUGUUACUUUAUAAUGGAUGGAAUGUCUGUUUCAGGAGCGAGCGAAUGCAUACUAACAAAACCUUUUACUUUAACGUUGAAAUAUUAUUCCUCAUUCCUCCUCGCCACAGUAAACGUUACUGAAAUAUUUACUGCAGUGAAGAGUGCAGCAAUAUGGAGAAUUCUGGUCACCCCCAGCACGUCAUGCUCACCCCAACAUCGACAGUGAAUUGAUGUGGGAUGCAUGUGCACUCAGACAUUCCUUCCUGCUCACACCCAUGGCAUUGCAAGGGUUAAUUUAAUUUGCACGCCAUGCCCUGUGUGGCAUGUAAAGUAAAAAUAAAAUAACAUAAAACCUGUGGCUAAAUUUUAGAUAUUCGUCUGUGUAGAUAUUAGUGAUUUUGACAGCUGUGCUUAAUGUGUUCAUUCAUUCUUUUUCAGACAGAAAGCCUUGGCGUCAACGGGUGGGCGGAGCGUCCAGGCUGCGUGUGAUUGGUCAGUACCUGCUUUUUGUUACUCAUUAUUGAUAAACGUUAAGUCUGCCUUUCACAUAGUAACAAGGUAACCAGGUGCUUUGCUCGAGGCUGAAGGACCAGGGGCGAAGAUGCAUUCCUCUCCCCCCAAAAAAAUUAAAUUUUCAUCUUUGUGUCUUUUAACCUCCCUUUUGUGUUUCUUAGCCCCUCUUUUAAAUGUAGUACUCCCUUUAGUGUAUCUUAUCUCCUAUUUCUUUCCCCAUUGUGUCUUACACCUCCCUUGUGUCUCUUACAACCCCCCUUGUGUCUCUUACAACCCCCCUUGUGUGUCUCUUAUGUCCCCUCUUUGUAUGACUCUUACAUCCUUCCACAUUUUGUGUGUCUUACUUUUCCCAGCCCCCUUGUGUGACUCCUUCUCUCCCAGCCCCGUUGUGUCUUUUACUCUUCCCAGCUCCUUUGUGUGUGUCUCUUUCACCCCCAACCCAUCUGUCUCCCCCACAUCCCCUUGUCUUUUUUCCCUUCUGAAGCCCCGCUGUGUGUUUCUUUCACAUCCAGCCCCUCUCCCCUCCCCGUCCCUUAGUGGUCCCCUCCCUUCCCUGUCCCUUAUUGUUCCUCUACCCCUCCCCCCUUCUUUCCCUGUCCCUUAGUGCUUUUCUCCCCACCCUGUCCCUUGGUGCACCACCCACCCCUUUGUGGUCCCCUCCCCGGUGUGCCUCCUUCCUCUCUUGUAGCGUUGUCGAACGGAGCGGUUCCCGGUACAGGAACUUAAGUUUCCUGUACCCGGCCAGGCUGACAGGAAGUGCUCUCUCUCAGUGAGCACUUCCUGUCAGUCCGGCCAGGUGGAGGAAACAGAAUCUCCUGUACUGCGGGUCCUCUUCGCUCGGCCACCCUACACUCAGUGGUGUAUACACACUGACAGUCACACACACAACGUCACUGACAGACACAGGCUCAGUGAUUUGACACACACACGAUGAUGUCAUAUUCCGGCAUCAGUAAACAGCGUGCGAGGGAGCAGAGCAGGGAGAUCACAGCUCCCUCGCCACCUCUCAUGCCAAAUCCACGCACGCCGUGCCGGGGAGUCCAGAAAGUAGCUUGGUAGGAGGGAGCACUUAUGCUGUGCCGCCUUAUGGACGCGCCAACCCUGGCUACUGAUCAGGAUACAUUUUAUGGCCCCUCGUUGAACUACGCCCCACACCACGCUCUAAUUCUGAUCCUAAACCCUAACAUGUUUAGUGAAUCACAAAAUGACCCCAAAUCCUGGGAGACAGGAGAACUAAUGUAAAAAGACGCUAAGCGACUAAACCAAACACUUCAUGUGGCCACAUUUAAUUCUGUGUAGAUUAACGCUUUAUUAUCACUAUUGUUUCAGGUUGUUUUCUCACGUAGAUGACCCCUUCUUAGACGACCCUCUUCCUCGUGAAUAUGUCCUGUAUCUGCGCCCCACGGGUCCCCUGGCACAAAAACUGUCUGAUUACUGGCAGCAAUCCAAGCAGCUGUGCGGCAAGAACAAGGCUCACAACAUCUUUCCACAUAUAACGCUCUGCCAGUUCUUUAUGGUACGUCACCAGAUCGUCACCGAGUUCCUCACCGGCAGUUCGUACCGUGGGUCUAAUAUCACACAAUACCACUAGCAAGAGGUUCAGCUUAACCCCUUAAGGACACAUGACAUGUGUGACAUGUCAUAAUUCCCUUUUAUUCCAGAGGUUUGGUCCUUAAGGGUUUAAAGGGAUACGACCCAGCAUGGCAUAUAAAGUGCAAUAUAUAGUUACUGUGGAAGGUAUUGUGUAUACUGUACACAAAGCUGUGGAGAAAACAGACAAAAGACGGCUAUUGCUUUAUCCUCUAUAGCACUGCCGAACUUUAUGGGAACAGCAAGGGCUUCUGGGAGUUGUAGUUCGAUUGUCAUAUUUCUGUCCUAGAAAGCUAAACAAUACAUUAAAACAUUAAAUACAUACAUUAAAACAUGAAACUAAAAUAUAUUGUAAUUAGGCCACACUUACAGUGCCAUGAGAAGAAACACAGAGCCUGCCUCUGAGGGGCCGUAGGAUUACUAGCGAUAUAAAAUGAUCUGUACUCAAAGCAGUGUUAUAAUUAACUGUAGUGAUUAAUCUGACGCAGGGUGUCAUUUUAUAAUACUUUACAAAAGGCAAUGAGCUCAACACACAUUAUCUUGUUUUCAUUAUUUGUAUUCACUUUUUUCUUGUACACAUUAUCUUGUGUUCAAUUCUUAAGCCAUUAAAAAACAAAGCACUGUUCCUUCUCCCUCCAGUGCGAGGACAGUAAAGUGGAUUCCCUUUGCGAAGCUUUGCAGUCUACUGUUACCUGUUGGAAAACCAAAUUCCCCAACCCACUGCCUCUGGAACUCUACAUUUCUUCCAACUUCAUUGGUCUCUUUGUAUCGGACGAGUGUGCAGAGAUUUUAAAAAAGUUUGCAGCCGAUUUUGCCGCAGAAGCAUCACUAAAGACUGGUGAGUAAACGCCAAUCAUUUUAUUUUUCUCAUUUGCUGAAACUUCGUUAUAGCUCCAGCACAGUAACAAUGUGAAUAGUAAUUAAACAGUCUGCAGUUGGUUGCAUUGUGGGAAUUGUAGUACAGUGGUAACUGGAGAUCCAUCAUCGCUCAACAAUCUUUUAAAAUAAACGUUUCUCUUUUUAAGAAGCCACAGUGCAACAAUAGCACAAUGAGACACAUUCCCCAAACCUACGCUCUAAACUGUACAGCGCUGUCCCAUUGUACAGCGCUACGGAAUUUUGCUGGCGCUAAAUAAAUAAUAAAAUAAUAACUGUGAUCUGUGAUAAAUAAGGUCAAAAUACCCGAGUUAAUCUCAAACUUAACUGAACUUUAGAAUUUCUCCAAAUCUUCUGUUUCACCCUGAAUUUUGUAACCCCUUUUUUUCUUAUGUUUUCUUGGUAAUUUGUAAAAAAAAAAAACUUUUAAACCUUUACAUUUUUAUUUGCUUGAUGAAUAAAAAAAAAAGUUUUUUUUGAUGAUUCCAUAUUCAGUAAAUUUUCACCUUUUUAUAAAAGUGGGUUAAAGACAGUUUGCUGUAUAAGGAGGAUCGGGACCUGGUUUAGUCCUGCAAGGUCGGGCGCUGUAUCAUGCCUUCAGAUAUUUGCAGCCGCUGCGUCAGAUUGCUAGACCGCAAUGCAGAGUCCCGGCCGGGGUCAUAUUGCACAAAUCCGGCUGAUUCGGUAAUAAAUGGAGAAAGUUGAGAUCUGCAAAGAGCACAAAGUCAUUACUUAGUGUCUAGGACAGAGAUACGCCAGGCGACAGGGCUCUCCUCUUGUAAUUUAACCACACAGUGAGCGCGCCCUUUGGCACAUUCUCUGAUUUAUUUAAUUACUAGACUUCUACAGUUUUAUACUGUACGUUUUAGCAUUUUGUUAAACUAAAGCUAAUAGUCCAUAAUGAUUUAUGUUAAAUGUGGUGUUUAAACAGUUAAAAUGUCAAGGCUUAUAAUAGCGACUAUAUAAUAGAGCUGUACGUAAGAGCGCAGCAUAUAGACCGCUCCAAAAAGAAAAAUAUGCCCCAAAAAGAUACCAAAAAGUGCAAUUAUUGCUUUAAUACAUGCAUGAACCAAUCCAAGUAUUCCAAUGAAGUGAACCUUAAAAAAAAAAAAAAAAAACCCCAUAACAGGACAAUACAAGUAAUAGUGCAUUAUAGUUAGACAGUGUGCAAAUAUUCAGUGAAAUUUUAGAGUUAACGUAGAGUUCUGCUGAACUGCGCGUGGACGGUAUAAUCCCCGUUUUAGGAUUCAUGUAGGUCCAGAUGGUGAGAGGUCUCCAGAUUAGGUAAUGCCAGCGUACUAUAUGAAAACAGAAGCAAGAGAAACUCCAGUGGUGAGGUAAGUACGUUCAAAUCCAAUAUAAAAGAAGUAUUAUACUUACAAUCCCUAGAGCAGGACUUGUUCUACUGUUAUAGAGCUUGGGUGGUAUAAUCCCCACCUUAGGACCUCCAAACUAUACUGACUGCCACCCAAACUAUAUACUGCCUGCCCACCAAAAUGUACUACCUGCCCCCCUAAACUAUACUGCCUGCCCCCAAACUAUACUGCCUGCCCCCUCCAAACUAUACCGCCUGCCCCCUCCAAACUAUACCGCCUGCCCCCUCCAAACUAUACUGCCUGACCUCCAAACUAUACUGCCUGACCUCCAAACUAUGUUGCCUGCCCCCCCAAACUAAGCUGCCCCCCCACAACUAUCCUGACAUCCCCCCUAAACAUUACUGCUUGCCCCCUACUUCCCAUUGGCCAGUAUGACCCCCUGUCCCCUAGAGGGGACCUGUCUGCCCUGUGGUGGUGUACUGCGUGCAUGCCCCUGUGGGUGACAUUGGUUGAGAUCUGCUCCAGGUACAUUCCCAAUCUGUGGUAACAGAAGUCUGGACUCUAAAGGAAAUUCCUGCCGUGUUCGAUUUAAAUGUAAAAUGUAUGUAAAACAUUCCACCCAAAGAGCAGCUAGUCUGGAAGAAUUCUAAUAGUGUUUCUUCACCUUUGGUGGUGAUGGUGACACACCGCUUGCUGACACGGUCUGUUCAGUGUGGGACUCAUCUCAUUAUCUGUAUCUAUUGAAGCCUGGCGGGAGUAGAUAAGAGGCAGAAUAACUGCCAUUCGCUAUCAGCGACCCUGAGGGUUCUACUCCGACAGUAGACUUUAAUCUGUGCAAUGUGAAGUCUCUUUUUUGGGCUUAUUGAAAGGGAACUACAAAUAGUUGGACACAUUCCCACAAUGCAGCUUUUUUUCCAGUUUUGUAUUUUAACCUCAAAUUCUCCACAAUUUCUGUUUUUAGUGAAUAAAACUCUUGUGUUUAAAUGCUUUACAAGUAUUCAGAAGUUUCUAAAAUGAACCUUUUAUCCACAACCCCUGGUAGUAUGAAAAUCUGUAGCUGAGGUAUAGAUCGAAACAUCCAUCCAUCCAUCCAAAAUCAGGCUGCGUUAGAAUCACACAAUUUGUGUCACAGUUCUAGGAAAUAAUAAUAAUAUUAUACUAUUAUAAUAAUAAUAAACUGCAAUAGCGGGGAGAUGUUGAGGGUUUUUAACACAUAAUUGACGACAAAAACCCUAAACAUUAGCUGUCGCACAGUAAUUUAUCUUCUAUACAUAGCGUAAAUGCGAAUUGUAUCCUUGUAUUAGAUGGUAUUUUAUUUUAUACAGUGACACUGCACCCUGCUCAGCGUGACAGGGAACUUUGUACCAUUAUAAAACAAUUUAUGAAAGGUUGAAAGCAAUACAGACUGUGCAGGCGGCAGGAGGAGGUGUGUGUGUUUUAGAUUGUAAGCUCUUGUGGGCCCUGUUCACCGAAACCUACUAUUCCCGUAUGUCAUACAUGUUUUGUUAUAAUUAAAUGUUUGCCUUUUUUCUUAUUGUGCAACACUGCAGAAUAUGUUGACGCAAUACAAGUAAUUAUUAUUGUAAUUUUGUGGGGUGUCGCGGGGCAUAUUUACUACCUAGGCAGUUGCGGUGAAUUGAAAGUUGUUGUUUUUUUACAUUUUGGCCAAACUAACUGAUGGAAAAACAUGGAAAUUGCAGAUUCUAUCUAACUGAGCCAAUUCAGCCUCUAUUGUUUAAACUCAUUUCAGUUUGUAAUAAUUCACCUUAUAGUAAAUAAACCCCACAGUCCCGAAACCGUUAGAUUUAGGAGAAAAUAACUUUUGAUCUGAAAUGUGUAAUUCGGUUUCUUUUUUUUCUUACUGUUUAAGUGCAAACGCUCCACAGAAAAACACCUAAAAAAUGCAAGACGACUCAAAAAGUACAAAAAAAAAUUCAUUUUCUGUACUUGUGAAUAUUAUCAAGGUUAUUUUUAGGCUACAAAACUGACAAAUGUUCUUUCCAAGUUAAAACUGCGUGACCAGCAAAUCUUUGAUAACCAGUGUAUUAAGACAUAUAUAUCAAUAUAUGAAUGUCAUUUAUCCAACAUGAUUUGGUCAUUCAUGGUUUAACCCAUUGAUAGCUGAGCUGGUUUUGGAACGAUGAGAGGUGUUAGCGGGAUGACACAGGAUUAUUCAUACAUUGAAUAACGGUUUCUCAGGACACCACGUAAUAAUGCAGACAUUAUUACCUCGUUUUACUGGGUCUCUAGCUAAACAGAUUUUAUUCUAGGUCAUCUUAUGGCACAGUAACAGAUGCUGUCUUUAUACGUUGUAGGAGAAAAUCUGAAUGUAAUCUUUUUCUUUUUACCCAGCCGGAGGGAAAAGAGUAGCUGUCAGCACGGUGUGCGCACUUCUCAUCGUUUCCCUGCCGUGGGUUCAGUCCGAGUCACCUUCGGCUAAUUAGGCUGAGUGGGUGGCGAGUGAGUCACAGGGCUACACAGAUGUGCAGGUCCCACUUUGAUGCAGAUCGCAUACUGCUCCAACCAUAAUCUGGGCCCCCACACAAGAAAUGGAUGAUUUUAUAGGAUUAGAUUCACGCAUAUAUUUACUUAUGAAUUGAUUUUUGUUUUUAACUUGAAUUUUGAACACUCAGACACUCGGCUUCUCAAGGGGCGAUACUUUGUAUUGUAGUAAUGAAUUACUACUUUAGCCCAAGUAGUCAAAACGAGAGAGUUCAUGCAGCCAAAUUAUUACUUUAUUUAAAAAAAAAAAAAAAAAUACAUGAAUGUAAGCACUUACAAGAAAGAAGCUACUCUUAUAUUACCUUUUACAAAAUAGCUUCCUUCAUGGUUUUCAUGAAUCACACAACGAAAGAUCUGUUGUGAGCGAUUCAGUUUGCAGUAAAAGACUGACAGCUGAACUACAAAUCCCAGAAUCCGGGAAACCACAAGGCCACAAUCUGCUUAAAAAUGCUAAUUGUCAGAGACCUGUGUUUACAGAGACGUUUCCGUUAUUUAUCGUUUACCAGAAUAACCUUUCUUUCAGUUUAUUUAGAGACAUUGUAUCCUUUGGAAUUAGAGCGAGUCUGUUGACUGGUUUAGUUACCAGCCUCGUGCAUUCAGCGCAGUAACUGUUAGGAAGCUGCGAGAAGCAAUGUAAGGCUUCCGGCUUGCCAGCGUUCAAUUUCCCUUCAGGAAGUUUACACAGAGAUAACUGACCGGGAUCCUAGCAAUGUCAGAUGAAAUAUAUUAUCAUUAACUGCAAGGCUGCCUUAUGGUCAAUAAACAAAGCUCUGCUCGUCGCACAGAAUUGCGGUUCAUGGCGUUUAUUCGGGUUCUUGGGGUCGUUCACUCUACCAGGAAAUCUGAGAAGGGAAUAUCUUCUUUUAGGAUGAGAUAAUCCACUUGGAUCAGUACCCAAAAAUUACAACUGAAUCAAUACGGCCUAAAACUCUCCCAUUCCAAGUCCAUUCUUCACAAUUCACAGUUUAAUUGUUUUUAAUUAAUUAAAAACCCGAUCUUAAAUAAAAAAAAAAGUCUGACUUCGCCUGGAUAUUACAGUUUUUCAUUCAAUAGCAUUUCGUGUAAAUGCACGUCUUUUCAACCCAUUUAUCUCUAAUGAGGUUUAUUCACUAAACCGCAAAUUGCAAUAAACUGAAAACCUAUUUGAAAAAUGUCGACUUAAAUAGCAGAUAUGGGAAAAAAAUCUGCAUCUCAGCUGUAGUCACAGUUUUACUCUGUUAUCCUCUGUUUUGAAGUUCCUUUUUUAAAUAACUUCAGUUCACAAUUUAAUAAAUUGUAGCACCCCUCUCCCCUGGCUGUGAAAGAGUUAAGGUUUUGUGGUACUUAAGCCAAUUCAGUGAGUUUGCAUUUACGGUAUCAAAACACACAUUCGCUUCCUUUCUUCUAAAAAUAUACUUUCCUUAAAGAAAGAGGCAAUUCAGGGCAACUAUCUUCCUUCUCGUUAUGUUGCAAUCUUAGAUCUAACGAGACAAUAUCAUUAUUAAACCUAUAACGCUCUGGGGUUAUUCCGUGAUCUUGACAUUUGUACAAUACAUAUAAUGCAAGCCAUGAAUUUAUUUUACUUCUAGAAUUGUGUGAAUGUUGCGUACACUCUGCUCAGGACAUCAGAAAAAGAGAGAAAUCUGUGUGGUUUUGAUGAUAAAAGCUGGUAAAUAAAUUAAUAAAUAAGAUGUGAUCGCGCAUUGUUUCCUGAAGCUCUAAUAAAAUGUAUUUUACUGCCGGAGGGAAGAUAAAGCAGCUAUUUUCGGCGUCAGAUGGAAUGUAAGUGUUGGAUGUAGUUAUACAUGUGUCUGCUGUCUCCCCAGAUGUUCGUGUGGAACCUCACAAGAAACAGCUGCAUGUGACUCUGGCAUAUCAUUUCCAAGACGCGCACUUAGCGACGCUGGAGAAAUUAGCUCAGGGCAUUGACGUCACCUUGGGAUGUGACUGGGUCGCAGCGAUAUUCUCCCGAGAUAUUCGAUUCAUCAACCACGAGGUAACAAUCAAAGCACGGGGGAUCCGCAGCCGGACAGGUCUCCCCUAAAGCCAAUUUAUGCCAAUCUCACCUUGUAAACAAUGAAUGGGGAACAAUGGGGUUUGGACACUUAAACAGUAACAGCAACAAAAUAGCUUAACGGGGAAAAAAAAAUACAACUCCGAUACAUUGGCAUAAAUAUGGAACUGUUUUGGCAAUUCUCCACAAUUUCUAACUUAGGCCUCAACUUAAUAGUGUUAAAUAUGUUUUUCCAGUGAUUUAAUACUUUUGGAAAUACUUUAAAAAUUAUUUUUUGUAAAAAUAAAAAUAUGAUUUAUAUUAAAACAUUAUAUCAAUAUAUCAAAAAUAUUUUUUUCAAAACUUCUAAAAAAAAUAAUAAUAAGGAAAUGGAGGCCAUUGUGAAUAAAUCCCAGUUUAGGUGCACACAUAACCCCCUACUCGUUGACUGCGGCAAGCUGGGUCAGUGAAUGAAUGUGUGAGAGGAAGGAGGUUUAGGAACAUGGGUGUCCAGCCACGUCCUCAAGAGCCGUGUUCCUGCCAGAAACGCACAGCUGUGUGAAGCAGCAAUCAAUGUAGCAGCUGGAAUUCCCUGUAACUGAUCGCUCUCCUACACUCGGACAAGUUAGAAAAAGAACCCGUAAACAUUACAACUGCCCUAAACUGGGAAACCACCUAAACCAGCUGUCCCCCCCAUAACCCGUACACUGAGGAGAACGGGCGGCAUAGGGUGACAUACAUUUAAUAUAAAUAUUGUAUUAAUGUAUUUUGGGGAUUAAUAAACACUGGUUAAACAGCUGGUUAUAUCUGGCCAAACGAUGUCCUCAAUUCUGUUGGCCAAAAUACAUUGAUUGCCAGAAGCCAGCAAUCGCUUAAAUAUUACUCAUUUGGACCCAGCAAACGGCAAAUUCUGGUCAGUAGGAUUUAUUCACUUAAACCAACUAAGCUAGAAAUAUAACCAAAACCGGAACAUUUAUUUAACAAAAUGUGCAAUUCUCUUUUCAGGUCUCCACAAUUCUCUUUUAGCGAAUCCCUCGUUCCUUCACCCCAGUAAACGCAUUUGCAGCAUAUACUGGGGCGAAUAAUGCAGCGGGAGUAAGUAAAAAGCCAAUUUUCAUGUUCUGCACUUCCGCCUUGCAGUGACUUUGCCGUUGCAUGAUGCCCCAGUACAUCUGUGUGUGCUCAGGCAUCUAAUGAGAAAUAUGACACACGCGCAUGCACACUCGGCAUUUUAUCUCCCAGUUCUCUGUGUGAAUGUGUACAGCACUGCGAGGGUUAACUCAUUUAGAUACUUUGCACAUUUUACAUAUAGACAUAAAAGAAACUAUAAAGAAUAUAAAAGAAAGUUUAGUGCAACCAAAAGCUACAUUUUAGGUAGCCAUUAGGUUCAGCACAAAGUGAGGACGUGUCAGUUCCUGUUUAGGUGAAUCAGCCUUAUGCGUUAUUUGUACCCGUCUCAUGCUAGGUGUUUGAUAAAUUUAGCAAUUCAUAUCGAAGAUCCAGCACUGAAUUCUAAUGGUCGUAUUCUGGGUUUACUUCUGCAGACUCUGCAAGUCUUGUACCCAUACUUGCCCCAAAAUGACGAUGAGCUGGAGCUGGCCCCUGGGGAUUAUAUCUUCAUGUCUCCGGUGGAGCAAAUUAACACCAGUGAGGGCUGGAUUUAUGGCACGUCACUGGCGACUGGAUGUUCUGGACUUUUACCAGAAAACUAUAUCUCCAAGGCAGACGAAUGUGGCACGUGGAUAUUCCACGGGUGAGUAGAUCAUGAGGGCCGUGUAAUAAACGUUUAACUCGCAAGUUGGAAUAAACUUGGAAUUAAUAAUAACAUUAAUAACUAAAAAUAAUAACUUAAAAACCGAGUUUAAAUUCAGAGUCCACACUCCUUGCUUUCGGCAAUUCAAUAAUAUUUAUUAAUAAAGGCUAAUCAAACAAAUAAACAAUACAUAUACAUUUGAAAUAGGCUAGUAUAUGUUGCUACUAAAACUAAUCAUUGACUGAAUGGAAAGUAGGCUAAAUUAACAUAGCAAAACAGGCAUAGACACGUGAUACAGUUACCACUCCAUUGAUCAGCAGCUGAGAGUAAGAGAGAGAGGGUGUGUACAGUGGGGAGAGGGGAUAGGGGAGAGAGAAGGUGAAGAGAGGUAAUUCAAAGAGAGAGAGAAUGUGCUAUUCACAGGGCUUUAAACAGGUUAGCCCCUCCUUCUGCUGGACACACCUCCCUUAGUCAAUCCCUUAGGAUGUAACAGAACCAGAGUGCCUCCAGGGGGAAGGGGGAUUGCACUGCAAGGGAAUGGAGGAGGAGUUUAUCAACAACCCAACUGGUUUUGCCUGGUGAAAGGCCAUGUGCUUCACAGAGGACUCCAUUAUUGCCUAAGGGUAGAAUGGGGGCUUGAAUCCCUGUAUUAGAACACAAUAACACUUCAUUGGCAUACAGUUUGGCUGUUAAUCACAUCCCCCCACUUAUUACAGGCCGAUAGCAGUCCCUGCCCAGUCUCAAAUGUAUUAGCUGUGUGGGGUCUGAGGGGUAAUGGCUGCACUGACUCAGUCCUCCGUGAAGGAGAAGCCAACCAUUCUCCCCCCUUCCCCCCCCCACCACCACCACCACCACCACACUUGUGCCAGCAAGCGGUGGGUUGGAGGACACCACCAUUCAUUUUAAAAUAUAAAACUAUUAAUUUCUGCCAAAAUGUUUUGCCCUCGUGCCCCCUCUUACUACCCGUGUAACUGUAACCCUCAUACAUUUUCUGACUGCCCUCAAAUCCCCUCUUACUGCCCUCGUAUUCCUCAUACUGCCCUCUCACUGCUCUCAUAGUGCCAUCUAACCACUCUCUUACUGCCGUCUCACUGCUCUCAUAGUGCCCUCUUACCACUCUCUUACUGCCGUCUCACUGCUCUCAUAGUGCCAUCUAACCACUCUCUUACUGCCCUCGUAUUCCUCAUACUGCCCUCUCACUGCUCUCAUAAUGUCCUCUAACCACUCUCUUAUUGCCCUCUCACUGCUCUCAUAGUGCCAUCUUACCACUCUCUUACUGCCGUCUCACUGCUCUCAUAGUGCCAUCUAACCACUCUCUUACUGCCGUCUCACUGCUCUCAUAGUGCCCUCUUACCACUCUCUUACUGCCGUCUCACUGCUCUCAUAGUGCCAUCUAACCACUCUCUUACUGCCCUCUCACUGCUCUCAUAGUGCCAUCUAACCACUCUCUUACUGCCCUCUCACUGCUCUCAUAGUGCCAUCUAAACACUCUCUUACUGCCUCUCACUGCUCUCAUAGUGCCAUCUAACCACUCUCUUACUGCCUUCUCACUGCUCUCAUAGUGCCAUCUAACCACUUACUCUCUCACUGCUCUCAUAGUGCCAUCUACCACUCUUACUGCUCACUCAUAGUGCCAUCUAACCACUCUCUUACUGCUGCCGUCUCACUGCUCUCAUAGUGCCAUCUAACCACUCUCUUACUGCCUUCUCACUGCUCUCAUAGUGCCAUCUAACCACUCUCUUACUGCCCUCUCACUGCUCUCAUAGUGCCAUCUAACCACUCUCUUACUGCCGUCUCACUGCUCUCAUAGUGCCAUCUAACCACUCUCUUACUGCCGUCUCACUGCUCUCAUAGUGCCAUCUAAACACUCUCUUACUGCCCUCUCACUGCUCUCAUAGUGCCAUCUUACCACUCUCUUACUGCCGUCUCACUGCUCUCAUAGUGCCAUCUAACCACUCUCUUACUGCCCUCUCACUGCUCUCAUAGUGCCAUCUAACCACUCUCUUACUGCCUUCUCACUGCUCUCAUAGUGCCAUCUAACCACUCUCUUACUGCCCUCUCACUGCUCUCAUAGUGCCAUCUAACCACUCUCUUACUGCCGUCUCACUGCUCUCAUAGUGCCAUCUAACCACUCUCUUACUGCCGUCUCACUGCUCUCAUAGUGCCAUCUAAACACUCUCUUACUGCCCUCUCACUGCUCUCAUAGUGCCAUCUUACCACUCUCUUACUGCCGUCUCACUGCUCUCAUAGUGCCAUAGUGCCAUCUAACCACUCUCUUACUGCCCUCUCACUGCUCUCAUAGUGCCAUCUUACCACUCUCUUACUGCCCUCUCACUGCUCUCAUAGUGCCAUCUAACCACUCUCUUACUGCCGUCUCACUGCUCUCAUAGUGCCAUCUAACCACUCUCUUACUGCCCUCUCACUGCUCUCAUAGUGCCAUCUAACCACUCUCUUACUGCCCUCUCACUGCUCUCAUAGUGCCAUCUAACCACUCUCUUACUGCCGUCUCACUGCUCUCAUAGUGCCAUCUAACCACUCUCUUACUGCCCUCUCACUGCUCUCAUAGUGCCAUCUAACCACUCUCUUACUGCCCUCUCACUGCUCUCAUAGUGCCCUCUUACCACUCUCUUACUGCCCUCGUAUCCUUUCUUACCGCAUGGAGUGGGGGUGCUGACAGCAGCUAGUUUACUCGAUUUAGUUUAACUGUUCCGUACAAUAGACGUAGGCAUGCUGUGAAGGUAAGUACCAGAUUCAGGUGUAGGUGAUGAUUGGCUCAGUUUUUUAGUAGUUAUUCAGCAGAUACAGUGUUUCCUGCUCACUGAUUAUUCUAGGUUAUCUGUAGUAUGCCAUCCAUGGUCCCCAGUUAUAAAGAUACCCCAACUCUUCACGGAGAUACAAACUACACCAUAACUAAGGCUCAAUUCAGUUACGGACCAUGUCACAGAAUGAACCAAAGAUGGAUCUGAUGCGGACCAGUUACUGUCUGCGUAGAAUGAUACAAUUCUGGGUCAUGGAAGUAAAUGUGAAUUUCUCUUCUCAGAUCUUAUUCUCUUCUAAAUACGCUGCCCUCCGCCAUGUUUUCUGUUGGCGAUGGCGUUUUGGAGAAAAGGCAACAGGAAGAGCACGUGUUGGGGGACUCAGCGUCACUUACUAUUAUUUGCCAGCCAAUGCAGGUAGGUCAAUCUCUAUUCCUCAAUCAGAACUGUCGAAAUCUGAGCCACGCACGCGUCUGGCUGAACGCAGUGUACAUAACUGUUCUGAGUGAGAGUGGAGGUGUGAUAAGGGGUGGCACUGUUCUGAGUGUACAUAAGGCUGUAAUGCUGAAUAUUGUUCUACUGUUGAAUGUAAUAUACAAAUGCCAAUUUUACUGUAAAAUAUGCUGAAAUAUGUCAUGAUUUUGUUUUUCUCUGGAGUUGAAGUAAAAAUUUAAUUACAGUUAGACGGGAGAUAAAGAGGAGUUAAUUUGUUACCGUUUGCACUCAUUGUGUCCAACUACACUCAGAGUUCUCAGAGUGAGCGUUCUCUCGGCCAUGUAUUUAUUUAUUUAUAACUGGUAUUUAUAACGCGCCAACAGAUUCCACAGCGCUGUACAAUUAGUGGAGGACGUAAAAUAUACACAGAAAAAUACAAAAGGUAGAGGUCCCUGCCAGUAAGCUGAGAUCUAGCCAUUUAAGCUUAUUAUAAAAAAGUGCUUAGCUAGAUAGCCCGUGAGCUUGCAAUCUCCACACUCACUGUUUAGUAGAUAAACCCCGCUGUGUUUUAGCAGAGAAAGUGCAGCUAAUUUGCAUAAUCCCCUGCGCUGUAAAGGGAACUGGUCCCGGUUGGUCAGUCUAACUGUUCCUGUUUCUCUUAUUAUUUUUCAAUGAAACAAACCUUAUGGAAAUCUAAUUAAAGCCGUUUUUUAAAAACCCUCUGAUAGUGCCCCCUAGUGGACGUUAGUAGAUCAGCUCAUAAUUACAUCAUCAUUUUCCAGACAGAAUGUCCAGGAUGUAUUGCUUGUCAUAUGAUUGUAUCUACCGCCAGAAAAGGCCAAAUACUAGAGAGAAUUGUAACCGAUAGGAUGACAUCGAAACAAAGUGCUUAUUAUUUAUUUAAAUGCUCCUUCAGCUUAUUGUCUAGAUCCAGACAGACGUUCUGUAGUGUCUGAAAAAUUUAAUGUUGUCCCAUUUAAAGGCACAAACACAUGAAGGAUGAAACAGUUUGUAAAUCUCUCCGAUCCAUAACUGGAAUGGAAGUGGCUCAGACUGUCACUGGCAAAGACGCCCUGCUGGGUUUUACCAUAAAAAUUAAUCAACUCACUGUUUAGUGAAUAGGACAGUAAUGUUUAACUACAGAACUGAAGAUAUAUACAGUUUCCAUGAUGUACUAGACUGAGAUAAUGUCCCUUUAAGUAGACAGUAGGCAAACCAUAGAUCUGCAAGCACUUCCUGUUAAUUAUUAACACAUAACCCACACAUGUCACAGCAGCUGUAAAACAUGAAGUACAUCUUAAAGGUACACCACAAGCCCCUAAAGUACGUCACCUUACUGGGGGAAGGGGCGUGUGGACCCCCAAAACACCCCACCUUUAUCCAUACAUGUGUCCAUUUAUAAUGCUGGACUGUUUCUUUAAAUACGUUUUAUACUCAGACGAAACGGCAACAAAUAAAAGAACUGAAUGUUAUUGAAGUUUUUCUUUUCUAAACACGGUUCUGCUUCCCCAGUUUUGGUUGUAACCGUUUAUGGAUCAGGCUUUAUGCUGUGGAGGUUUUAAGAUUUUUUUGUAAAGUUAUACACUUCCUUUUCCGAUUUCGUUCCAAGCAGCCGCUGAGAAUUAGCAGUCAGCCUGGGUCUUCGAAGAGCUGUCUCUUUGUAUGUCGGCAUGGCGAAAGGAUGGAUGUCGUAUUCGGAAAGUACUGGCUGUCCCAGUGCUUCGACGCUAAAGGUGUGUCUCGUGAAAUAUGGGAAUAAUGUACGUCAAGCGUAGUGAACGUUUAAACAUAGUGCUAAUUAUUUCGUAUAUAUAUAUAUAUAUAUAUAUAUAUAUAUAUAUAUAUAUAUAUAUAUAUUAUUACGGUACAUAUACUAUAUCAGCGUAUGAUUUCAUAUAAUAUAUUUAUUAUUUCAUAUCAUAUCUUAAUUAUUUCAUAUAAUAUAUCUGUUAAUUAUUUCAUAUCAUAUAUCUAUUAUUUCAUAUCAUAUAUCUGUUAAUGAUUUCAUAUAAUAUAUCUAUUAUUUCAUAUAAGUAAAGGCUGCUUUAAGGAAGGGUCUCGCAAUGACACAUAAUCACUCAGAGGAACCAUUUCUAUCUCUAGUGGGGGGUGGGGGGAAUUAACAAAAAUUAAGUAAAAGGACACCAACAUGAACCAUAGCACUGUAUAAUUGGAAAGAAGCUAGACAGGGUUGUUCAGUAUUCAAUUAUCAAUAAUUCAAAGUAAAAUUAUUUGCAAAACUUCAGCCGAAAAACAGAUAUUUUUCCAAAUUCUACUGUUUUCACCUAAAAUUUUACAUUUAUUUUGAAUUCCAGAUAAUGAAUUCCUUAAUGAAAUAAUCUAGCCCUGUUUUUCACCAAAAUGAGAAUUCAAAGUGAAUUCCAAGUUAAAGACCGGAGUACCAACACUGGAAGCCUAGCUGACUCACACACUUUUUCCAGGUCAGCUAUUUUGAACUUAAAGGAGCAGUAUAGUGCCAGGAAAACAAAUUCAUUUUCCUGGCACUAUAGGGUCUUUAGGUCCUCCCCACCCUCAGGGUCCACUCCCGGUGGGCUGAAGGGGUUAAAACCUUUCUCCACGUGGCGCUGGGGAACUCUCCUCCUCCUGCCGAAUGAGAUCCGAAUGCGCAUGCGCUGCAAGUAUAAUUUAAUGCAUUCCUAUGGACAUCAGUGUCUUUUCACUGUGAUUUUCAAAGUGAGAAUCGCGGAAGCGCCUCGAGCGGCUGUCUCUAGUUUCUCUGAAACUGCUAUGUUUACAGCUGCAGGGUUAACACUAGAGAGAUCUAGCACCCAGACCACUUCAUUGAGCUGAAGCGGUCUGGGUGCCUAUAGUGGUCCUUUAAAUUUAUAAUUCACUUUGAAUUCUUACUGUAGUGAAUAUUCUUAGAUGUGUAGAAAUCAGUUUCCUAUCUUAAUGUCUAUAAAACUCCUCCCAAUAUUUACUUGGAUAAAGGGGGAUCAUUAAUCCUAGAGGAGUGACUGGGGGCGUGGCCAUGGGUGGAGCUGUUCUGAGUGUGAGUGGAGGUGUGAUAAGGGGUGGGACUGUUCUGAGUGGAGGUGUGACCAGGGGCAGGGCUGUUGUGGACAGGGGUGGGACUGUUCUGAGUGUGAGUGGAGGUGUAAUAAGGGGCAGGACUGUACUGAGUGGAGGUGUGACCAGGGGCAGGGCUGUUGUGGACAGGGGUGGGACUAUUCUGAGUGAGAAUGGUGGUGAGGCCAAGGGUUGGGCAGAGUGUGGGUGAGGGUGUGGACAUGGGUGGGGCUGAUCUGACUUACUAACAAUUUAUAGAACUAAAAUGUAAUUUAAAACAAGAACAAUGUAUUUUAUUGAAACAAAAUGAUUUCUUAAAACACAUUUAUUGUAGUUUAAAGAUUACUUUAUUAAUAUAGCUAACAUUUAUUGUACUAAUUGUAUUAAUAUUGCCAGGAAUGUAACGGAGCUUUAGUAGUCAUAAUAAGAGAGUCAUGUGAGCACCGUUACCAAGAUGGUGGCCUGUGGACUAUGUUUUAGUAGAUUCUUUGUGUUCACUCUUACACGAUUGACCCUGUAGUCAGGAGACACUAUGCAGUCCUAUAUAUUAUCAUACCUAAACAUGAAACGUGCUUGAAAUGUAUUUAUUUAUUCACUCGGAAAGGUUGAUUAUUCUGAUACUUUUAGGUCGCUACAUGAGAACAAAUUUGAACAUGUUGCCCAGUUUACCUCAGAGGAGUGGUGGCUACCGAGAUUAUGAGAAGGAUGCGCCUAUAACAGUACUGGGAUGUAAACAAGCCAAGCUCAUCGGUAAAUUAAAAACCAGUAAAAAAAAUUCUAUUUGUUCUAAUAAUGAGUAUUCUACUAAUCCUUGUCAAUGUAGAUUUCUGUCUGUGCUGCUGUUACGCGUUGCUUAAAUAUAUUCUGUGAUUUCUGUCUGUACUGCCGUUACGCGUUGCUUAAAUAUAUUCUGUGAUUUCUGUCCGUGCUGCUGUUAUGCGUGUGUUAAAUAUAUUCUGUUAUUUCUGUCCGUGCUGCUGUUAUGCGUGUGUUAAAUAUAUUGUGUGAUUUCUGUCUGUGCUGCCGUUAUGCGUGUGUUAAAUAUAUUCUGUUAUUUCUGUCUGUGCUGCUGUUAUGCGUGUGUUAAAUAUAUUGUGUGAUUUCUGUCUGUGCUGCUGUUAUGCGUGUGUUAAAUAUAUUCUGUUAUUUCUGUCUGUGCUGCUGUUAUGCGUGUGUUAAAUAUAUUGUGUGAUUUCUGUCUGUGCUGCCGUUAUGCGUGUGUUAAAUAUAUUCUGUUAUUUCUGUCUGUGCUGCUGUUAUGCGUGUGUUAAAUAUAUUGUGUGAUUUCUGUCUGUGCUGCCGUUAUGCGUGGCUUAAAUAUAUUCUGUGAUGCCUUUACGCAUUGCUUAAAUAUAUUCUGUGAUUUAUGUCUGUGCUGCCAUUACGCUUGUCUUAAAUAUAUUCUGUGAUUUCCGUCUGUCUGUGCUGCCACUCUACUUGUGUUUAAUAUAUUCUGUGAGUCUGUGCUUUCUCACUGUGUGUUAAUUAUAUUCUAUCAUUUCAAUCUGUACUACUACGUGUGUGUUAAACAUAUCCUGAGUUUUCUGUGUGUCUGUGCUGCCACUACGUAUCCACUAAAUAUAUCCUGUGAUUUCUGUCUGUCUGAACUGCCGCUACAUGUGUGUUAAAUAUAUUUUGUGAUUUCUGUGUCUGUGCUGCCGCUAUGCAUGUGUUAAAUAUAUCUUGAGAUUUCUGUACUGCUGCUACAUAUCUGUUAAACAUAUAUUUUUUUGUCAAUCUUAUUGUGGCAUACGUUUCACAUUGUACAGAAUAGUAAGUAAGGAGUUAAAUCUGAUAGACAAUCGGCAUAAAAAAACAAAAAAAAAAACAACUUACAACAGAUGAUACUCCUAAGGGAGGCUUAUAAUAGGAACAUGUGUUAUCAGGCUAGAUAUUCAUGAAUGGGGUAAAGUUUACAUGCUAAAAACAUGAUCUGACAGGCUAGGUAUUCAUGAGUAUUUCACGUUAAUAUGAAACAAGAUAGUUCCAAGUAUGCAUGGUUUAAUAAUAGUUAGGAGUAGAUAGUACAUGUGAUACUCGAAAAAUUAGAAUAUUGUGCAAAAGUCCAUUUAUUUCAGUAAUGCAACGUAAAAGGGGAAACUAAUAUAGGAGAUAGACGCAUUACAUGCAAAGCACUGGACUUCAAGCAUCUUGCAGUGUGUGCCUCUCCAUUCUUCCUCCAGACUCUGGGUCCUUGGUUUCCAAAUGAGAUGCUAAAGUUGCUCUCAUCAGAAAAGAGGACUUUGGACAACUGAGCGACAGACCAGAUCUGUUUUUCAUUUAGCCCUGGUAGACAGGGUCAACGCAGCUGUCUACCAGGAGAUUUUGGAGCACUUCAUGCUUCCUUCUGCAGACAAGCUUUAUGGGGAUGCUGACUUCAUUUUCCAGCAGGACUUGGCACCUUCCCACACUGCCAAAAGUACCAAAGCCUGGUUCAAUGACCGUUGGAUUACUGUGCUUGAUUGGCCAGCAAACUCAUCUGACCUGAACCCCAUAGAGAAUCUAUGGGGCAUUGCCAAGAGAAAGAUGAGCGACAUGAGACCGAACAAUGCAAAAGAGCUGAAGGCCGCUAUUGAGGCAUCCUGGUCUUCCAUAACACCUCAGCAGUGCCACAGGCCAUGUGUAGGGUCUGCAUCUGCGUGCCACAGACUCUGAAGCUCGUUGAAGCCGGGUCUUUCCCUUCGUGGGCCCCACGGAAGUCCCUGGUGGUCUGCUGCCGCAAGCGGCAGUCGGUCUUCCGGCGAUGUCGCCAAUGCUUCAGAGGUGACCUCCUCGGCCCAUGUGGGCAUUCGGUGAGCUUUUUAGUGUUGUAAUGUAAUCUUCACCUGGGACAGGCCUUUUGGUUGAUGACUGCGUGAGUGCUGGCAUUGAUAGUCGGGCUGCAUCCGCCAUGUUGCUGGGCCCGGCACGUCUGGAGCCCAAGCUGUAGUGGGCAGGUGCCGUCAAUAGUGCCUCGUGUGCCAACUUGGUGGGGAACGGGACAACUCCCUCUGGUCCAUGGGGGCAGGGGGCUCAAGCUUAGUUUUGCAGUGCGUUGAGGCGGCAGAAGAGUGGCCAUAUCCCCUGCGCCUGCCAUGCUUGUAGGCCCUAGUGUCCGGGCAGUUGGAACCGGUGCAAAAGUCCACAUGUAUGGUAUCAUUUUGUAGGUCUUGCUAUCCCAGAUAGCCUGACAUCCAACAUAAGUUGGGUCUCAGCUUCUGCUCCGUGUAAAGCAGCCCAAUGUGCGGUGAGUAGCAAGAGCAGCAGUAACAUGCGUCUGCUUCACGCUACGGUCAGGCCCCGCCCCCCUGGUAAACAUUCUGUAAUUUCUGUCUGGUUGUGCUGCCACUACAUGUGUUUUAAAUAUAUUUUGUGUUUUCUGUGUCUGUGCAUAAAAUAUAUAUUCUGUGAUUUCUGUCUGUGCUGUCUCUCUAUAUGUGUUAAAUAUAUUCUGUGAUUUCUGUCUGUGUUGUCUCUCUAUGUCUGUUAAAUAUAUUUUGUGCUUUCUGUCUGUCUGUGCUGUCUCUCUAUGUGUGUCAAAUAUAUUCUGUGAUUUCUGUCUGUGCUUUCUCUCUGUGUGUGUUAAAUAUAUUCUGUGAUUUCUGUCUGUGCUGUCUCUCUGUGUGUGUUAAAUAUAUUCUGUGAUUUCUGUCUGUGCUUUCUCUCUGUGUGUGUUAAAUAUAUUCUGUGAUUUCUGUCUGUGUGUGCAGUGCAUGUGGUUAUGGUGAGCCAGCGGUUGUGAAAUCACAUUCAUGUGAUUGUUCAUGCGCAGUGAUGUCUCCGUACUGUCUUUUACUGUGUAUUUUCUGUUUUACAGGGGAGGCUUUACUGGACAGUAAAACCGUUGUAGAUUUUAUUUACUGUUCCCCAUCUUUACGCUGCGUCCAAACAGCACAUAAUAUACUGAAAGGUAAGCAGAUAAGCACCAACUAAAGUUCACCAUACCUUCUAUGAUUUAAUUACAACUUUCUGAUUAAUCUGUGCAUUGCAAGUGCUAUGUAAAGCUAAUCAGGUCUCCUAAAACCUUGCUAUAGCAAAUUCACAUUGCACCAUCCGUUGGUUAAUAGAUUAAGAAUUGUGUAAUCCAGGUAAUCGGAGAUAUAAAAUGCUUGUUUACUUUGUUACCAAUUGUUUCAGGUCUUAAACAAGAAAGUAAGGGUAAGAUUCGCGUGGAACCAGGAUUAUUUGAAUGGACUAAAUGGGUGUCUGGUAACACCCUCCCAUCAUGGAUCCCGCCAGCAGAAUUAGCUGCCGCAAACCUGAGCGUUGAUACAAUCUACAGGUAAAAAACUCUUACUAUUGCUUAUUUUUAAAUAAAAAAUAAAAAUAGUGUCAAUUUAAAUGAUUACAAUUUGUACAUUUGUCUGCAAAGCAAUCUAUAUACAAAAUGACUGCGUUAUGAUACUUUAUCUGCUAGCUGCGUCUCCUUUCCUUCAGAUAAAUGUUAUGUUAAUAGUGUUUUCAAUCAAAAAGUGCUUGGUAGUGAAGGGGUUAAUAUGAGGUGUCACAGUGGUUAUGGUGCCAUUUUAGAAUAGUGGAUCUUGUAUAAUGUUUCACAUUUCUGUAUUAUUAUGGCACGUUAGGCCAUUAUUCACAGCCAGCUGUGUCAGCUGACAGCUCUCAACCAGUAAAUAAUUUCCAUGCUUGAUAGGAGUUGUACAAUGGCCCUGCAUGAUAGCAGUCUUACAUUGACCGAGAAUGAUAUAAAUUGUAUAAUGUCCCAGCAUGAUAGGAGUUGUAUAGUGGCCCAGCAUGAUAGGAGUUGUACAGUGGCCCAGCAUGAUAGGAGUUGCAUGUACUAUGCCUGCUCAGUCCAGAACGACAGCAGGCGUCUGGCAACGCCCCAGGUCAGUGAAAACCUCUCUCAAACACUAUCGUAUGGUCCACAUUGGAGACUCCUGGCUCCUUAAUCACUAGUACCCCCGUAAGGUUGCCAUUACUUAUUACAAGACUUGUGACAUUUUAUUUGUCAUCUCAGAUUAACAUCACCCUUAAUGUUUUAUAUAAUAACUGAGUGAGAUUUUAUCGUGACACAUCCAAACAUUACUGCCGUUUGUUCUGAAAAAAAGCCAGGUCAGAAUACAGCGCAUUUAGAGAUAAAUUAUACACAGACAUGUCAGCUACUCUGACCUUCAAUUUGGAAUUCACUUUGAAUUCUCACUGCAGUGAAUAACUCUGUGGAUCGUACAGUUCGUAUCAUGUCAUCUCCCAGAAUUGGAAUGGUCGGCAGUGAGUUGUGCAGAUUGCUUCUGAUGUAACUGAAAACAAUAUAUUGGGAUCCAGAAUGUCACUGGAAAUAAGUAAAUCACUAACCCCCAUAAAACAUGCAAAUCUUUGAUUAAAAAUAGAAUAACUUUUUUAACUGUCAGUUCUCACAUACACGUAGAAUAGCACAGAGAUGUUCAGCUAUAGAUUGAUGUGCAGUGAUAUUUACAUACAUUGACACAAUUUAUUUUGCCCGUUUAUGUGUUCACCCUUUGCAGAAAUAAAUAUUUAAAUUUAUUGUGUAAAGUCGAUCUUCUUACAAUAUAUAAACAGGGUCUGAAAUAUUAGCAGAGAUGCAGAAAUGCUAUUUUAUGCAACCAUCAAUAGAUCCAAUAGAAAUGGAUAAAUAACUGGCUUAUGGAAAUCUUAAAGAAAUUUCUGGAAGUAUUGCUAUUGCAGCCUGCAAGUAACGCCUGUAGUGUACUCGUCUGCAUUCUAACGGAGACAUGAAGAAGCUCGCUGUAAUAUUUCCUGUAAAGUUUUCAACUGAGGGUGGGAAGUGGAAUAUGACCCCCAUUAGGAGCCCCAUUACAGGAUUUCCCCUCUCUGUAGGUUAACACUGGGUGCAGGAGUAAAGGGGAGCUGUGUGUGCGCAUGUUUGAGUGUAGUAAAAUCUGGAUUUACUGAUUUCUGGAAUCUAUCAAUGUAUACGCGUGAUUGUGUUGUGCCUGUUAUCGCGCCCAUUUAACGGUUCCUCAAUGUAUUAUUUCGUCGUAGACCUCACAUUCCGAUCAGCAAACUAGUUCUGUCUGAAACAUAUGACACGUAUAUGAGUCGGAGUUUCCAGGUCACAAAGGAAAUUCUAAGUGAAUGUAAAAGUAAAGGUACGUAUUCUUGAGAUCCUCCUCUUUUUAAACUGUAAAUGCUUACCCACCAUGAUCAUAUUCCAAAUCUUUAAUCUGCACCUGCGAUCAUUAGAUAUCAUUUGCUUCUGAGAAUGGGGGGGUGGGAGGCUUUGAGAUUAAAGUAUCUGACUCCCAGGAAGCCAGCAAUUCUAAGGAAACACAGACAGGGAAUCACUGUAAUAAGAAAAUGUAUCUACUAAGCUAAAACCUGUCUUACUGUAACUGAACCCAGUUAUAUAUGUUCUAUACACAUGCAGCAAUAAUGUGUGUUUUUUUUUAAAUCAGUUUUUACCUUUUUUCAGGAAAUAAUAUUUUGAUCGUAGCCCAUGCGUCAUCCUUAGAGGCUUGUACCCGGCAACUGCAAGGGCUCCCACCACAAAAUGCAAAGGACUUUGUGCAGGUGGUCAGAAAGGUAAGUGGCAGAAUGAGAUUAUGGGACAAGGACAGGCAUGCUCCUUCGCAGCCCGGCUGACUAGUUACUCUGAGUAUUCUAGAAAAGUCAGCGAUUCGGGGUAAGAGAAGGAAUCUAAUUCUGGAGCCCAUUCAGUUAUUUCUCUGCUACCUAAUUUUGGAGUAAAAGGCAUUUUUGCGACAUUUUGGAUUAAUGAAUAAUGCACUAUUCAUCAUGACCAUAUUGGUCCCUGUUGCACUAUUUAUAUUCAUGGGAUAAAUCAUUAUUUUAAGCUGUAUAUGCACCUUGUGUUUAAUAUACAGCUGGUUUACUGGCCUUUACAGUCUAUAUAUUAAACGUGCUACAUACAAUUUAUUAGGAGGACCAAAAACACACAAACAUUAUGGGUUUCCCCUUUAUCAAUGCUAAAAAGGGAAAACUUGAAAGUUUGUUUUUUGGUCCUAUAAUAAUUUGUGAGUAGCACUUUGUGUGCAACUUCUGUACGUGGAUUUGACCCUGCAUUGAGCAAAACUACGUUUUAUUUGAGAUUGUUGGAUACUCUAGUAACCCCUGCUCUAUCUCUAUGUGGCCACAUUAUAGUCUAUAUAGUGAUCUUUGAUUGGAAAGACUAAUAGUCCUUUGCCCUCUCUGCAGAUUCCGUACCUGGGAUUUUGCUGCUGUGAAGAACUUGAAGACUGUGGUAUAUGGCAGCUGACAGACCCUCCAAUACUUCCUCUAACGCACGGACCCACGGGGGGAUUUAACUGGAGGGAGGCAUUACUCCAAGAGUAAACAGAAACCACUUGGACUGGAAUUUAAACCAUGUGAACAUAUCUCCUACGGAUACAAAACGCAAACCACCGCGCUACGCCAAACUUACUGACGAACCGUACAGAAGACUCGUCAUAGCUUAUAUAUUUAUAAAAGAUAUUUUUGUUGGAAAUCAGAAUUUACAUGGACAGAACCUUAAAACUAUAAACGGAAACAUAUAGAAAGUUAAAUUAUUCGACCUAUGCUUGGAAAAAGGGGGAUAACGCAUGUUAUCUGCCACCAUUUUAUUAACCUCAACUAAAUGUCCGCUGCAUGUAAGUCUCUUGAUGUCCUUCCAGCUAGCACAACCAAUGUCCAGCGGGUAUUUAAAUCAGUGUCUUCUCAAUGUCGAAUGAUCAUUUGUUAUUAUCUGUUACACCGUGUCUGUUAAGAGUCAUUCGGGGGGAGCUGGGUAACGUGAUAUUUAACGCAGAAUGAGUGGUCCAUACUCUGAUAUUUAUAUAUCAAAGUUAGAUAAACAUUUUUAAAAAUCCCAUCGUGGAAACUCCAAACGGAACCUCACCUACAAAUGGAACCACACAGCCAUCUUCCUUCGCCAUGUGGAUGAAUCAUGAAGUGAGAGAAAUGGACUCUGAAUGAGCCCUUUUGUUUAUUUCGUGAUUCGGAGUUUCUGCCUUUGGCACUAAAAGGAAAUUGAUUAUUGAUGGGGAAAAAUAGAUAAUGAAUGCUUUAGGAACAGUCACUAAAUACUAAUUUUAUUCACAGAUCAAACCAAAUCACAGAAGGAGGAGGAACAGAAGGAGGAGGAACGCUAAAAAAUCUAUAUUUAUGUACUAUAGAAACAUAGAAUGUGACGGCAGAUAAGAACCAUUCGGCCCAUCUAGUCUGCCCAAUUUUCUAAAUACUUUCAUUAGUCCCUGGCCUUAUCUUAUAGUUAGGAUAGCCUUAUGCCUAUCCCACGCAUGCUUAAACUCCUUUACUGUGUUAACCUCUACCACUUCAGCUGGAAGGCUAUUCCAUGCAUCCACUACCCUCUCAGUAAAGUAAUACUUCCUGAUAAUAUUUUUAAACCUUUGUCCCUCUAAUUUAAGACUAUGUCCUCUUGCUGUGGUAGUUUUUCUUCUUUUAAAUAUAGUCUCCUCCUUUACUGUGUUGAUUCCCUUUAUGUAUUUAAAUGUUUCUAUCAUAUCCCCCCUGUCUCGUCUUUCCUCCAAGCUAUACAUGUUAAGAUCCUUUAACCUUUCCUGGUAAGUUUUAUCCCGCAAUCCAUGAACCAGUUUAGUAGCCCUUCUCUGAACCCUCUCUAAGGUAUCAAUAUCCUUCUGAAGAUACGGUCUCCAGUACUGUGUACAAUACUCCAAGUGAGGUCUCACCAGUGUUCUGUACAAUGGCAUGAGCACUUCCCUCUUUCUACUGCUAAUACCUCUCCCUAUACAACCAAGCAUUCUGCUAGCAUUUCCUGCUGCUCUAUUACAUUGUCUGCCUACCUUUAAGUCAUCAGAAAUAAUCACCCCUAAAUCCCUUAUAUAUAUUUAAUUACUACAUAUAUAUAUUUAAUUAUUAUAUAAAUAGAUAUUUUUACUGUUUUUCCCUCUAUUCGUCUCUCACUUGAUCUGUGAACCAAAAUAGUGUAAAAAUGGUCCAUGCAAUGUAUUGCAAACCGUAUACACUAUUUAUUGAACAAAGAGACCCAAGAAGGAAAAUGCAAAUUUUCUACCAAAGCAAUUAAUCUGGAAGAGUAACUAAGAAAAAUACAAACAGGCAGAUUACAUUGAAAUGAGCACUUCUCUCGUCACUGAUUCCAGACUUAAUGAAUCAACUCUUUGUAUUUUCCAUUUCUUAUCGAUCCAAGAAGAUCUGAUGACGUUUCCUAUCAUUUACAUUUAGUACUCCAGAGAAUAAAAGGGGCUGGAAUGAAAAUUAAGGUCAUUUAUAUCUUUACUUGGUGUAAAAUCUUCCCAUGACUGGCUCUUUAAUUAGCACUGGAGAGAUAUGCCCCUUAAUGCACAAAUCUCUGAAAUGAAUCAUAAUAUAUAAAGCAAACAGACGCACUACGCCGGGGAUCUGACACCAGAUUUUCUAAACUGGAAAUUGCAGAGAAUUGACAAGGGAAUUUAACAUUUAUCUUUUUUUACAUUUUUUUUGCAAAAUGUUUUAUCAAUACCUCUUCCAUAAAAUGCUCCAGGGGGCGUUGUCAUAACUGCGAGUGUGCACUCAACUCAAUUUAUGCAAAAAUGGGAUUCUUCUGUGUGACGGGGAGAAUCCUUUUAUUUGGCAUUCUACUGGUUCCUGGUAGAGUGCGAUCGGUAAAUGGUAUCAGGCUAUCUUAGGUGCUUGUUAUACCAACAGUUUAAUGGUAGAAAUGAUUACGCAGACAUAUUCCAUCAUUUGAAAUGGAAACCAAUAUGUAUUGUUCAGACUGUAAGGUGUAUUGAGGCAGAAUAUCACAUCCCUCCAUACGGUACAAUUUAUUAUUAUAAUAAAAUAAUUUUAUUAUUAUUAGUCCCAUUGUAGAAAUGAAAAAAGAUUUUUAUUUGUUUAAAUUUUUUUAAUUACUUUGGGUGAAUGAUGUGCAGGACUAUUUACUAAAGUAAACAUUGUUGGGAAUUCAUAUUUAAGGUCUAAAUAGUAGAAGUGGAAACAUCCCCCCACUAUGUUCCCAUUUCAGCAAUUUGAAAUUCACUCUGAAUUCCAGGCAAUUCUCACCUUUAGUAAAUAACUUGCUACGUUAAGCAGUCACCACGGAAACCUGUGAAAUGUUUUAGCUAUUCUCCCCAUUUAUAGUACCAGCUGGGAGCAGGGUGGCAAGGGCAGAUUGAGUCAUAAAUGGGAAAUCGCAGCAUCUUUCCCUGAAAAUAAGACCGGGUCUUGUAUUAAUUUUUCCCCCCUCGCAAAACACACUAGGGCUUAUUUUCAGGGUAUGUCUUAUUUCGGGGGAAAACGGUAGCAAGCAUGUGCUAGAAAGCAGGUCUACUUUCGUGGGAAUUCCCCUGGACAUAGAUGAGUUUCCUAGCACAUGCAAUUGCGCAAAUCUAUGUUCGGAGAAACUUCCCCGAACGUAGAUUAAUGAACUAGGGCGUGGAAUCCCACGAUUCUAUGUUCGGGGAAAGUUCCCGAACCUACAUUAGCGAACCUGCGACUAGUAACUAGGGCUUCUUUUCGAGGUAGGGCUUAUAUUACGAGCAUCUCCUGAAAAUAAGAUAGGGCUUAUUUUCGAAUGAUGUCUUAUUUUGGGGGAAAAACGGUAUAUAUGUCAAUCUAUCGAUCCUUCAUAACAGAAAAUGCAUGGAAAAAUGAAAAUAUUAACAGAAUACAUGCGUAACAGCAGAUUUCUUCUUAUCGUGUGCAAACAAAAAAUGAUCAAACCAAGUGUGCUGCCCAAUACAGAGUGAUCUCUUAGUCUGUAAAGGGUACUAACCUACAGCUGAUAUGACAGAGGUUUGUCUUAUAUAUUUUGGCUUGUCAUUUGAAUGUGGGGGGGGGGGGGAGCAAUCAUUGAAAUAACGCAAUUAAGAUAUGCUGCUGCCAAAGCAACAAUAAGAAUGAGGUUUUAAUACUAAGAGUAUGUAACCAACGCACAAAGCUUCUCGUUUCAGUAAUUGGCCAUAAUACUGCCGCUAUACCACCGUAAAUAUUACAGAUUUAUGUAAUUAUGUUGUUACUUUGUAUAUUAAUACAAUGAGUUCCGAGUACCAACCUGAGUUUCUGCCGUCUUGAAAAUUUAGGCCUCGAUUUAAUAAGGUUUAAUAAGGUAUUCAAACUAUUCAGUGUUUUUGGAUAAACUUUUUAAAUGUUUUUUUUUUAAAAUAUCAAAAAAAUGUAUCGUAUAAAAAAAAAAAUCAAAAUAUUACAGAAUUUUAAUAUUUUUCAUCAUAUUAAAUCAUUUGAAAAGUUUAUCCAUCAAUGUUAAAUGGAGGCCACAGUUAGGGUGCAUUAACUGUUGAAAUUAUCCCCAAAAGUAAAGUUGCGGAAACCAUCAGCAUGGAGGGUCUGGGACCCAUUCAGGGGAAGGGUUAAAGGUCACGUCAGACUUGUUAUAAAGAUAUAUUAUAUUAUUAUUAGACUGUGUGUUUGAUGUAUGUGGAAAUCAUGUACAGAGGACGCUAGAGAUAAGUUCUGUUGUUGUAUAUUUGAAUUGUUCCACGCCAUUUUUUUCCAAAUGAUGUAUUAUGCAAUAUCUUUUCUUUAUGUGAAACUAAAAAAUUGUUCAUGUUUAUUUAAAGAUGACAAUCAAUCCAAAAAAAGCAGAGACUUUAAUUUUUAUAAACUGCGCCCGAGCUUUGAGCUUCGCACGCGAUCUGCGCUAAGCUGCCUGGAACCGAAUGAAAGACUCGGCCGCGUUCAGGCCUUCUGUUUUCUGUUCACAAAGGAGGGAAAAUGGAAUAAAGGCAUUAAUGCUUAAUAUUUGUAGUCAAUAAAGUAUUUUUCAAUGAAGAAUGGAAAGGGCGAACGCUGUUUAAACAAACAGCAGGAAGUUUGGAAAACUGUUUUUUCUCCAUGAAGAAAUAUUGUGACAAUGAUAAAACGGUGAUUCUAAUUAGAAAUAGAAUGGAUUAGUCAGACAGAGUAUCUGGCCAUUGCUGUCAUUUACUAAAUGCAGGUUGGUAUGUAAUACAUUCAAAUCCAGUAUAAGAGAGAAGGG